UUUUUGGGUCCUGAGAACACGAGCGGGUUUGUAAUCAGCAGCUGAAUCAGACAGAGCGACAGACCGACAGGGUGACAGACCGACAGACCGACAGACCAGCUGUGCCGGGAGAUAGAUUUAAGUUACAGGUAAAGAACGUUAGUUACACUAACAAACUUUAAUGCAACAUUGGGAUACAAUUAUCUACAAGUAGUAACAAUGUCUGCCCAGCCACAUGCUACCAGGAACUUGCUAGAUUCAUUUAACUAUCUAGCUACGUAAUUUAUGCUAGUUAGCUAGCUAAUUAACCGUAAUCUGUAUUUAGUGUGUUUUAUAUGUGAUGUUGGGUGGUUGUGAAUGAAUGAUGCCCCGCUAGUGUUGGUGUGUACAGGGUUAUAGAGAGACACUCUGCCCUUGUCAUUCUCUGGAGGGGGAUCUGGGUGAAGGGUCACCGCUGGGAUGGGGGCGGGGCUGGCUGGUUAAAUCCUAUACCUCAGUGGUUAAAUCACUCUGUCAUCAUAAUCACAAUUAUAUCUAUAACACAGUAAUAUCAUCAUCACAUUAUAGAAACUACAGGCUAGAACACCGUUCUCGACAGUUACCAAGUAGCUUUAACCGCAACAUGCGCCAGUGUAUAGAGAGGCUACUGCGUCAGGUUAUUUUCAAUGUGUCGUGUUUAUGUCGGCUGUAGGUCCAAGAUACUGGAUUACUGUACUUCCUACUCUAUUGAAAUGGAGAACAUUGUUUGUGUUGACAGAUAAAAUGGCGUCCAUGUUGAUGAACUCUCUACGGCGCUGUCCCCCAGUCAACCCUGCUUGGGCCGUACAUUAUGGUGAGACACACACACACCAGGGAUUCGGACAAGUGACCGGCAACAUUUGAAUUAAUCGGACAUUUACCGGACCCAUAUGCAUUGGGUGCAUAACCCAUUAGGGCAUUCAUGCAAUUCGUUGGAAAACACCAUUCUAAACAGCACACCUGCUGCAAUCAGGUCCAUAUGUGACAGAGAUUAAAAUCUCUGUUAGAAAUAGUUGAAGAUGGGGAAUAAAGAUGCAACAACUAGGAUUGGUUGUUAAUAUGACUAGCAUGGGUUGUUAAUAUGACUAGCAUGGGUUGUUAAUAUGACUAGCAUGGGUUGUUAAUAUGACUAGCAUGGGUUGUUAAUAUGACUAGCAUGGGUUGUUAAAGAUGGACUAUGUAGAAAUCGCGCUGCCAUUUCCUGGUUGCAAAAAUUGUGAUGGUUCACUUAAUUUCAGUUUGUGACAAAACAAGCAAUUAUAUUGUAGAGGAUCAUUGUACCAUCUAAACCGCUGUGAAAUAUAUUUUCCAAAACCAAAAAUAUUGUAUUUUCAGCUGGUUGAUGCUGGAGUAGAAAACCGAUAGUAAAAGAUGCCAAAACUAAACUUAAAGGAAAAAUCCACCCAAAACCACUAAUUCUUAUUAAUUUACAGUGUUACAUAACACAAAUUUACAUUUUAGUCAUUUAGCAGACGCUCUUAUCCAGAGCGACUUACAGUUAGUGAGUGCAUUUCAUACUGGCCCCCCGUGGGAAUCGAACCCACAACCCUGGCGUUGCAAACGCCAUGCUCUACCAACUGAGCUAUAUCCCUGCCGGCCAUUCCCUCCCCUACCCUGGAGGACGCUGGGCCAAUUGUGCGCCGCCCCAUGGGUCUCCCGGUCGCGGCCGGCUACGACAGAUCCUGGAUUCGAACCAGGAUCUCUAGUGGCACAGCUAGCACUGCGAUGCACUACCUUUCACCACUGCGCCACUCGGCAAGAAAAUAUGUGAGAACAAUAUUUUUUGUUAACAAAUGUUUCAUUUUGGCCUUAUAUACUGAACAAAAAUGUAAAUGAAACAAUUUUAAAGAUUUUACUGAGUUACAGUUCAUAAAAGGAAAUCAGUCAAUUGUAAUAAAUAAAUUAGGCCUUAAUCUAUGGAUUUCACAUGACUGGGCAGUGGUGCAGCCGUGGGUGGGCCUAGGAGGGCAUAGGCCCACCCACUGGGGAGCCAGGCCCAGCCAAUCGGAAUGAGUUCUUCCUCACACAAGGGAUUUAUUACAGACAGUAAUGCUCCACAGCACCCCUCACCCCCCCUCAGACAAUCCCGCAGGUGAAGAAGCCGGAUUUGGAGGGCCUGAGCUGGCGUGGUUACACGUGGUCUGGGGAGGUCCUGAGCUGGCGUGGUUACACGUGGUCUGGGGAGGUCCUGGGCUGGCGUGGUUACACGUGGUCUGGGGAGGUCCUGGGCUGGCGUGGUUACACGUGGUCUGGGGAGGUCCUGGGCUGGCGUGGUUACACGUGGUCUGCGGUUGUGAGGACGGUUGGAUGUACUGCCAAAUUCUCUAAAAUGAUGUUGGAGGCAGCUAAUGGGAGAGAAAUUAACAUUCAAUUCUCUGGCAACAGCUCUGGUGGACAUUCCUGCUGUCAGCAUGCCAAUUGCACGCUCCCUCAACUUGAGACAUCUGUGGCAUUGUGUUGUGUGACAAAACUGCACACUUUAAAGUGGCCUUUUAUUGUCCCCAGCACAAGGUGCACCUGUGUAAUGAUCAUGCUGUUUAAUCAUCUUCUUGAUAUGCCACACCUGUCAGGUGGAUGGAUUAUCUUGGCAAAGGCGAAAUGCUCACUAACAGAGAUGUAAACAAAUUUCUUCACAACAUUUGAGAUAAAUAAGCUUUUCGUGCGUAUGGAACAUUUCUGGAAUUUUUUAUUUUAGCUCAUGAAACAUGGGACCAACACUUUACAUGUUCAGUGUAGUAAGGUUGGUAGCAACAUAUGAAAACCGUUGUGAAAAUCUGUUGCAGUUCAAAUCGACUACAAAACCCACAAUGCAUUGCUCUCUAUGGGCUAGCUAGCUAGGUAGCUAGCUAGCAAACGUAGCUACACACAAUACUGAAGUCAAUAUCAGCAUGUGAAGUAGGUAGUUAGCUGUAAAAUCACCUAAACAAACUGCACUAUCAAUUUAGGAGUCUACAAUCUCACCAUGUUCAACCUGCCGAUCGAUUGUGGAGUCUGACAUUAAUGUCCUGAAGGGCAGGCAGUGUGUCCCCAGUGAUGUGUUGGGCAGACCGCACCACCCUCUGGAGAGCCCUGCGGUUGCGGGCGGUGCAGUUGCCGUAUCAGGCGGUGAUACAGACCGACAGGAUGCUCUCAAUGGUGCAUCUGUAAAAGUUUGAGGGUCUUAGGUGCCAAGACAAAUUUCUUCAGCCUCCUGAGGUUGAAGAGGCGCUUUUGCGCUGCCUUCACCACACUGUCUGCGUGGGUGGACCAUUUCAGAUUGUCAGUGAUGUGUAAGCAGAGGAACUUAAAGCUUUUCACCUUCUCAACUGCGGCCCCGUGGAUGGGGGCUUGCUCCCUCUGAUGUCUCCUGAAGUCCAUGAUCAGCUCCUUCAUUUUGUUGACGUUGAGUGAGAGGUUAUUUUCCUGGCACCACUCUGCCAGGGCCCUCACCUCCUCCCUGAAGGCGGUCUCGUCAUUGUUGGUAAUCAGGCCUACUACUGUUGUGUCAUCUGCGAACUUGAUGAUUGAGUUGGAGGCGUGCUUGGCCACGCAGUCAUGGGGAAUAGGGAAUACAGGAGGGGGCUGAGAACGCACCCUCGUGGGGUCCCAGUGUUGAGGAUCAGCGUAGUGGAGGUGUUGUUGCCUUCACCAUCACCACCUGGGGGUGGCCUGUCUCGUGUUUGAGCCGUUGAAUUGCGACUCCACUUUGUCACUGUACUGACGAUUUGCCUGUUUGAUGGCCUUAUGGAGGGCAUAGCUGGACUGUUUAUAUUCAAUCAUAUUCCCAGUCACCACUCAUUGGUCACUCACCAAUUGGCCACUCACCGAGUCAUUGCUCGCACACGCUUUUUCAGUUCUGCCCACACAUUUUCUAUAGGAUUGAGGUCAGGGCUUUGUGAUGGCGACUCCAAUACCUUGACUUUGUUGUCCUUAAGCCAUUUUGCCACAACUUUGGAAGUAUGCUUGGGGUCAUUGUCCAUUUGGAAGACCCAUUUGCGACCAAGCUUUAACUUCCUGACUGAUGUCUUGAGAUGUUGCUUCAAUAUAUCCACAUUUUCCUUCCUCAUGAUGCCAUCUAUUUUGUGAAGUGCACCAGUCCCUCCUGCAGCAAAGCACCCCCACAGCAUGAUGCUGCCACCCCCGUGCUUCACGGUUGGGAUGGUGUUCUUCGGCUUGCAAGCACCCCCUUUUUCCUCCAAACAUAACGAUGGUCAUUAUGGCCAAACCGUUCUAUUUUUGUUUCAUCAGACCAGAGGACAUUUCUCAAAAAAGUAUGUUCUUUGUCCCCAUGUGCAGCUCCUUCAGGGUUAUCUUUGGUCUCUUUGUUGCCUCUGAUUAAUGCCCUCCUUGCCUGGUCUGUGAGUUUUGGUGGGCGGCCCUCUCUUGGCAGGUUUGUUGUGGUGCCAUAUUCUUUCAAUUUUUUAAUAAUGGAUUUAAUGGUGCUCUGUGGGAUGUUCAAAGUUUAGGAUAUUUUUUUAUAACCCAACCCUGAUCUGUACUUCUCCACAACUUUGUCCCUGACCUGUUUGGAGAGCUCCUUGGUCUUCAUGGUGCCGCUUGCUUGGUGGUGCCCUUUGCUUAGUGGUGUUGCAGACUCUGGGGCCUUUCAGAACAGGUGUAUAUAAACUCAGUAAAACAAGAAAUUUCCCUUUUUUCAGGCCCCUGUCUUUCAAAGAUAAUUUGUAAAAAUCCAAGUAACUUCACAGAUCUUCAUUGUAAAGGGUUUAAACACUGUUUCCCAUGCUUGUUUAAUGAACCAUAAACAAUUAAUGAACAUGCACCUGUGGAACGGUCGUUAAGACACUACAGCUUACAGACGGUAGACAAUUAAGGUCACUGUUAUGAAAACUUAGGACACUAAAGAGGCCUUUCUACUGACUCUGAAAAUCGGUACAUCCGAUCAUCACACCUGUGGGACAGGUACAGGAUGGCAACAGCAACUGCCCGAGUUACACCAGGAACGCACAAUCCCUCCAUCAGUGCUCAGACUGUCCGCAAUAGGCUGAGAGAGGCUGGACUGAGGGCUUGUAGGCCUGUUGUAAGGCAGGUCCUCACCAGACAUCACCGGCAACAACGUCGCCUAUGGGCACAAACCCACCGUCGCUGGACCAGACGGGACUGGCAAAAAGUGCUCUUCACUGACGUGUCACGGUUUUGUCUCACCAGGGGUGAUGGUCAGAUUCGCGUUUGUAUCGUCGAAGGAAUGAGCAUUACACAGAGGCCUGAACUCUGGAGCGGGAUCGAUUUGCAGGUGGAGGGUCCGUCAUGGUCUGGAGCGGUGUGUCACAGCAUCAUCGGACUGAGCUUGUUGUCAUUGCAGGCAAUCUCAACGCUGUGCGUUACAGGGAAGACAUCCUCUUCCCUCAUGUGGUACCCUUCCUGCAGGCUCAUCCUGACAUUACAUUUACAUUUAACAUUUACAUUUAAGUCAUUUAGCAGACGCUCUUAUCCAGAGCGACUUACAGUUAGUGAAUACAUAUUUUUUUUAUACUGGCCCCCCGUGGGACUCGAACCCACAACCCUGGCGUUGCAAACGCCAUGCUCUACCAACUGAGCUACAUCCCUGCCGGCCAUUCCCUCCCCUACCCUGGACGACGCUAGGCCAAUUGUGCGCCGCCCAUGAGUCUCCCGGUCGCGGCCGGCUGCGACAGAGCCUGGAUUCGAACCAGGAUCUCUAGUGGCACAGUUAGCACUGCGAUGCAGUGCCUUAGACCACUGUGCCACUCACAUGACCCUCCAGCAUGACAAUGCCACCAGCCAUACCGCUCGUUCUGUGCGUGAUUUCCUGAAAGACGGGAAUGUCAGUGUUCUGCCAUGGCCAGCGAAGAGCCCGGAUCUCAAUCUCAUUGAGCACGUCUGGGACCUGUUGGAUCGGAGGGUGAGGGCUAGUGCCAUUCCCCCCAGAAAUGUCUGGGAACUUGCAGGUGCCUUGGUGGAAGAGUUGGGUAACAUCUCCCAGCAAGAACUGGCAAAUCUGGUGCAGUCCAUGAGGAGGAGAUGCACUGCAGUACUUAAUGCAGCUGGUGGCCACACCAGAUACUGACUGUUACUUUGAUUUUGACUGGUGUGCCAUCCCCGCGACCUCCACAAUGGAUUAGUCCACUCAGACAGGCAUCAUGUGCCAUAAAAAAUUACAUACAUUUGAAACUGUUCGACAAAAAAAAAUAGUGGUCGACCAACAGCCUAUCGACCAAAUAAUCGACCAGUCGACUAAAUGGGGUCAGCCCUUGUUGUAACUAACCCUUUGUAACUCUGUUUCUCAACAGCGACCCGCUCCGUCAGUACAUCAGUCCAGCUCCAUGCCCAGGGUAAGAGUCUACACACACGCUUUGAGAUCGCUGCCCUGAGCUCGUGACAUCACUAUGACAUCACACACCAUCUACUGUAUUAUAUGUGUGUGUGUGUGUGUGUGUGUGUGUGUGUGUGUGUCCCCAGUCCAGACAAAGAGUAAAAAGACAUUGGCUAAACCUGGAGUGAAAAACAUCGUUCUGGUGGAGGGAGUCAGAACACCAUUCCUCCUCUCAGGAACGACGUAAGGCUGGGGGGUUUGGGUUGGGGGGGUGGGCUGGGCUGGGUGUAUAGGGUUGGGGGGUGGGGGUCUGGGUGUAUAGGGUUGUGGAGGUGGGGGGAGGUGGGCUGGGUGUAUAGGGUUGGGGGGGUGGGGGUCUGGGUGUAUAGGGUUGUGGGGUUGGGGGGUGGGCUGGGCUGGGUGUAUAGGGUUGGGGGGUGGGGGUCUGGGUGUAUAGGGUUGUGGAGGUGGGGGGAGGUGGGCUGGGUGUAUAGGGUUGGGGGGGGUGGGGGGUUGGGGGGGUGGGAGGUGUUGAAAAAAUUUGUCCGUGUUCAAAAUGUGUGUGUUUCCAGAUAUGCUGAUCUGAUGCCCCAUGACCUUGCCAGAGCAGCGCUACAGUAAGUCACACAAUCUCACGGCACGACGGCGCCCCCAUGUCACCUUCUAUACACACAAUCUCACGGCACGACGGCGCCCCCAUGUCACCUUCUAUACACACAAUCUCACGGCACGACGGCGCCCCCAUGUCACCUUCUAUACACACAAUCUCACGGCACGACGGCGCCCCCAUGUCACCUUCUAUACACACAAUCUCACGGCACGACGGCGCCCCCCCCAUGUCACCUUCUAUACACACAAUCUCACGGCACGACGGCGCCCCCAUGUCACCGUCUAUACACACAAUCUCACGGCACGACGGCGCCCCCAUGUCACCGUCUAUACACACAAUCUCACGGCACGACGGCGCCCCCAUGUCACCUUCUAUACACACAAUCUCACGGCACGACGGCGCCCCCAUGUCACCUUCUAUACACACAAUCUCACGGCACGACGGCGCCCCCAUGUCACCUUCUAUACACACAAUCUCACGGCACGACGGCGCCCCCAUGUCACCUUCUAUACACACAAUCUCACGGCACGACGGCGCCCCCAUGUCACCUUCUAUACACACAAUCUCACGGCACGACGGCGCCCCCAUGUCACCUUCUAUACACACAAUCUCACGGCACGACGGCGCCCCCAUGUCACCUUCUAUACACACAAUCUCACGGCACGACGGCGCCCCCAUGUCACCUUCUAUACACACAAUCUCACGGCACGACGGCGCCCCCAUGUCACCUUCUAUACACACAAUCUCACGGCACGACGGCGCCCCCAUGUCACCUUCUAUACACACAAUCUCACGGCACGACGGCGCCCCCAUGUCACCUUCUAUACACACAAUCUCACGGCACGACGGCGCCCCCAUGUCACCUUCUAUACACACAAUCUCACGGCACGACGGCGCCCCCAUGUCACCUUCUAUACACACAAUCUCACGGCACGACGGCGCCCCCAUGUCACCUUCUAUACACACAAUCUCACGGCACGACGGCGCCCCCAUGUCACCUUCUAUACACACAAUCUCACGGCACGACGGCGCCCCCAUGUCACCUUCUAUACACACAAUCUCACGGCACGACGGCGCCCCCAUGUCACCUUCUAUACACCAUCCAUGCACGAGGCGCCCCCUGUCACCUUAACAUUUACAUUUUAGUCUCAGACGCUCUAUCUUCAGUUAGUAUACAUUUAUAUUUUUAUAUAGCCCCCGGGGAAUCAAACGCCCAUGCCUAUUGGCUACACCGUUCUCCCACCCUACGACGCGGGCCACGCCGCCCAUGAGUCUCACGGUCGGGCCGGCUGCGACAGAGCGCCGAACCAGGAUCUAGUGGCACAUACAUGCGAUGCGUCCUAACACUCACCACUCAAGGCCCUAUACACACAUCUCACGGCACGACGGCGCCCCCAUGUCACCUUCUAUACACACCAUCUCACGGCACGACGGCGCCCCACACCAUGUGACCUUGUUGGUGUGUGUUGACUGACAUUUUAUGUGUAAUGAUAGAUACACCCACACACACACACACACACACACACACACUACUUUAAUGUUUUUAAAUGUAUGUAAAUAGUAAAGUCGUUUGUCUAUAACAUGUUUUUCGUUAGGUGUCGGACCCCAGUAAGGCUAGUUGUCUAAAAUCAAAUCAACUCUCUAAAUAGACAAGUUCUCACUGGGGUGUGUGUGUGUGUGUGUGUGUGUGUGUGUGUGUGUGUCUGUGUGUGUGUAGGGGUCUGCUGCAUAAAACCAGUCUUCCUAAGGACGCUGUGGAUUACAUCAUCUAUGGAACCGUCAUUCAGGAGGUCAAGACCAGCAACGUGGCCCGAGAGGUACAGACAGACACAGACACACACACAGACACACACACACACACACAGACACACACACACACAGACACAGACACACACAGACACACACACACAGACACAGACACACACAGACAGACACACACACACAGACACACACAGACACACACACACACAGACACACACACACAGACACAGACACAGACACACACACACACACACACACACACACACACACACACACACACACAGACACACACAGACAGACACACACACACACAGACACACAGACAGACACACACACACACACACAGACAGACACACACACACACUGACACACACAGACACACAGACACAGACACACACAGACAGACACACACACACACACACACACACACACACACACACAAACAGACAGAAACAGACAGACACACAGACAGACACACACACACACACACACACACACACAUACACACACACACCACCUCCUUCCCUGUCACACGUGCAGUGUAUGUCUAUGACACGUGUGUGUUUACAGUAUAUAAUGUGUGUGUAUAUAGUAUGUGUGUUUACAAUAUAUAGUGUAUGUGUAUACAGUAUAUAAUGUGUCAAAUCAAAUUUUAUUGGCCACAUGCGCCGAAUACAACAGGUGCAGACAUUACAGUGAAAUGCUUACUUACAGCCCUUAACCAACAGUGCAUUUCUUUUUAAUAAAAAAGUAAAAUAAAACAACAACAAAAAAGUAUUGAGAAAAAAAGAGCAAAAGUCAAAUUAAAUAACAGUAGGGAGGCUAUAUAUACAGGGGGGUACCGGUGCAGAGUCAAUGUGCGGGGGAACCAGCUAGUUGAGGUAGUUGAGGUAAUAUGUACAUGUGGGUAGAGUUAAAGUGACUAUGCAUAAAUAAUUAACAGAGUAGCAGCAGCGUAAAAAGAUGGGGUGGGGGGGGGGGCAGUGCAAAUAGUCCGGUUAGCCAUGAUUAGCUGUUCAGGAGUCUUAUGGCUUGGGGGUAGAAGCUGUUGAGAAGUUUUUUGGACCUAGACUUGGCACUCCGGUACCGCUUGCCGUGCGGUAGCAGAGAGAACAGUCUAUGACUAGGGUGGCUGGAGUCUUUGACAAUUUUGAGGGCCUUCCUCUGACACCGCCUGGUAUAGAGGUCCUGGAUGGCAGGAAGCUUGGCCCCAGUGAUGUACUGGGCCGUACGCACUACCCUCUGUAGUGCCUUGCGGUCAGAGGCCAAGCAGUUGCCAUACCAGGCGGUGAUGCAACCAGUCAGGAUGCUCUCGAUGGUGCAGCUGUAGAACCUUUUGAGGAUCUGAGGACCCAUGCCAAAUCUUUUCAGUCUCCUGAGGGGGAAUAGGUUUUGUCGUGCCCUCUUCACGACUGUCUUGGUGUGUUUGGGCCAUGAUAGUUCGUUGGUGAUGUGGACACCAAGGAACUUGAAGCUCUCAACCUGUUCCACUACAGCCCUGUCGAUGAGAAUGGGGGCGUGCUCAGUCCUCUUUUUUUUUCCUGUAGUCCACGAUCAUCUCCUUUGUCUUGGUCACGUUGAGGGAGAGGUUGUUAUCCUGGCACCACACGGCCAGGUCUCUGACCUCCUCCCUACAGGCUGUCUCAUCGUUGUCGGUGAUCAGGCCUACCACUGUUGUGUCGUCGGCAAACUUAAUGAUGGUGUUGGAGUCGUGCCUGGCCAUGCAGUCAUGGGUGAACAGGGAGUACAGGAAGGGACUGAGCACGCACCCCUGAGGGGCCUCCGUGUUGAGGAUCAGUGUGGCAGAUGUGUUGUUACCUACCCUUACCACCUGACGGAGGCCCAUCAGGAAGUCCAGGAUCCAGUUGCAGAGGGAGGUGUUUAGUCCCAGGAUCCUUAGCUUAGUGAUGAGCUUUGAGGGCACUAUGGUGUUGAAUGCUGAGCUGUAGUCAAUGAAUAGCAUUCUCAUGUAGGUGUUCCUCUUGUCCAGGUGGGAAAGGGCAGUGUGGAGUGCAAUAGAGAUUGCAUAAUCUGUGGAUCUGUUGGGGCGGUAUGGAAAUUGGAGUGGGUCUAGGGUUUCUGGGAUAAUGGUGUUGAUGUGAGCCAUGACCAGCCUUUCAAAGCACUUCAUGGCUACAGACGUCAGUGCUACGGGUCGGUAGUCAUUUAGGCAGGUUAUCUUAGUGUCCUUGGGCACGGGGUCUAUGGUGGUCUGCUUGAAACAUGUUGGUAUUACAGACUCAGUCAGGGACAUGUUGACAAUGUCAGUGAAGACACUUGCCAGUUGGUCAGCACAUGCUCGGAGUACACGUCCUGGUAAUCCGUCUGGCCCUGCGGCCUAGUGAAUGUUGACCUGCUUAAAAGUCUUACUCACAUCGGCUACGGAGAACGUGAUCACAUAGUCAUCUGGAACAGCUGGUGCUCUCAUGCAUGCUUCAGUGUUGCUUGCCUCAAAGCGAGCAUAGAAGUGGUUUAGCUCGUCUGGUAGGCUUGUGUCAAUGGGAAGCUCGCGGCUGUGCUUCCCUUUGUAGUCUGUAAUAGUUUUCAAGCCCUGCCACAUCCGACGAGCGUCAGAGCCGGUGUAGUACGAUUCAAUCUUAGUCCUGUAUUGACUCUUUGCCUGUUUGAUGGUUCGUCGGAGGGCAUAGCGGGAUUUCUUAUAAGCGUCCGGGUUAGAGUCCCGCUUCUUGAAAGCGGCAGCUCUACCCUUUAGCUCAGUGCGGAUGUUUCCUGUAAUCCAUGGCUUCUGGUUGGGUAUGUACGUACGGUCACUGUGGGGAUGACAUCAUCGAUGCACUUAUUGAUGAAGCCAGUGACUGAUGUGGUAUACUCCUCAAUGCUAUCUGAAGAAUCCCAGAACAUGUUCCAGUCUGCUAGCAAAACAGUCCUGUAGCUAAGCAUCGGCGUCAUCUGACCACUUUUUUAUUGACCGAGUCACUGGUGCUUCCUGCUUUAGUUUCUGCUUGUAAGCAGGAAUCAGGAGGAUAGAGUUAUGGUCAGAUUUGCCAAAUGGAGGGCGAGGGAGAGCUUUGUAUGCGUCUCUGUGUGUGGAGUAAAGGUGGUCUAGAGUUUUUUUCCCUCUGGUUGCACAUUUAACAUGCUGGUAGAAAUUAGGUAGAACGGAUUUAAGUUUCCCUGCAUUAAAGUCCCCGGCCACUAGGAGCGCUGCCUCUGGAUGAGCGUUUUCCUGUUCACUUAUGGCCUUAUACAGCUCAUUGAGUGCAAUCUUAAUGCCAGCAUUGGUUUGGUGGUAAAUAGACAGCUAUGAAAAAUAUAGAUUAAAACUCUCUUGGUAAAUAGUGUGGUCUACAGCUUAUCAUGAGAUACUCUACCUCAGGUGAGCAAAACCUUGAGACUUCCUUAGUAUUUGAAUUUGUGCACCAGCUGUUGUUUACAAAUAUACACAGACCGCCACCCCUUGUCUUACCGGAGUCAGCCGUUCUAUCCUGCCGAUGUAGCAUAUAGCCCGCUAGCUGUAUGUUGUCCAUGUCGUCGUUCAGCCACGACUCGGUGAAACAUAAGAUAUUGUAUGGAUGACGGAUCACCACCUCAAGCUGAACCUUGGCAAGACGGAGCUGCUCUUCGUCCCGGGGAAGGACUGCCUGUUCCAUGAUCUUGCCAUCACGGUUGACAACUCCGUUGUGUCCUCCUCCCAGAGUGCGAAGAGCCUUGGCGUGACCCUGGACAACACCCUGUCGUUCUCCGCUAACAUCAAGGCGGUGACCCGAUCCUGUAGGUUCAUGCUCUACAACAUUCGCAGAGUACGACCCUGCCUUACACAGGAAGCGGCACAGGUCCUAAUCCAGGCACUUGUCGUCUCCCGUCUGGAUUACUGCAACUCGCUGUUGGCUGGCCUCCCUGCCUGUGCCAUUAAACCCCUACAACUCAUCCAGAAUGCCGCAGCCCGUCUGGUGUUCAACCUUCCCAAGUUCUCUCACGUCACCCUGCUCCUCCGCACACUCCACUGGCUUCCAGUUGAAGCUCGCAUCUGCUAUAAGACCAUGGUGCUUGCCUACGGAGCUGUGAGGGGAACGGCACCUCUGUACCUUCAGGCUCUGAUCAGUCCCUACACCCAAACGAGGGCAUUGCGUUCAUCCACCUCUGGCCUGCUGGCUCCCCUUCCUCUGCGGAAGCAUAGUUCCCGCUCAGCCCAGUCAAAACUGUUGCUGCUCUGGCACCCCAAUGGUGGAACAAGCUCCCUCACGACGCCAGGACAGCGGAGUCACUCACCACCUUCCGGAGACACUUGAAACCCCACCUCUUUAAGGAAUACCUGGGAUAGGAUAAAGUAAUCCUUCUACCCCCCCCCUUACCCCAACCCACCCCCCCCCCAAAAAAAAAAACCCAAAAAAAAAAAAAAAAAAAAAACAUUGUAAAGUGGUUAUCCCACUGGCUAUAAGGUGAAUGCACCAAUUUGUAAGUCGCUCUGGAUAAGAGCGUCUGCUAAAUGACGUAAAUGUAAUAUUACAGUUUUUAAUGUCCCGUUGGUAGGAUAACCGUAAUCAUAGGUCAUCUAAUUUAUUUUCAAAUGAUUGAAGAUUGGCUAAUAGGAUUGAUGGAAGAGGCAGUUUACUCGCUCGCCGUCGGAUCCUUACAAGGCACCCCGACCUACGUCCACGACAUCUCCGUCUCUUCCUCAUGCGAAUGACGGGGAUUUGGGCCUUGUCGGGUGUCUGUAGGAUAUCCUUCGCGGCCGCCUCGUUGAAGAAAAAAUAUUAGUCCAAUACGAGGUGAGUAAUCGCUGUCCUGAUAUCCAGAAGCUCUUUUUGGUUGUAAGAGACGAUGGCAGAAACAUUAUGUACAAAAUAAAUUACAAAUAACGCGGAAAAACACACAUAAUAGUACAAUUGGUUAGAGGGCUGUAAAACGGCAGCCAUCUUCUCCGGCGCCAUUGUUCUGUGUUGGUGUAUACAGUAUAUAAUGUAUGUAUACAGUAUAUGUGUAUACAGUGUGUGUGUAUACAGUGUGUGUGUGUACAGUAUAUAAUAUGAGUAUGUAUGCACUCACUAACUGUGGAUAAGAGCGUCUGCUAAAUAAUGUUUGUUUUCCAGGCGUCGUUGGGAGCAGGCUUCUCUGACAAGAUCCCGUCUCACACCGUCACCAUGGCCUGCAUUUCCUCCAACGUCGCUAUGACAACAGGUACCGGUCUGUAAUGAUAACAACAGGUACCGGUCUGUAAUGAUGACAGCAGGUACCGGUCUGUAAUGAUGACAGCAGGUACCGGUCUGUAAUGAUGACAGCAGGUACCGGUCUGUAAUGAUGACAGCAGGUACCGGUCUGUAAUGAUGACAGCAGGUACCGGUCUGUAAUGAUGACAACAGGUACCGGUCUGUAAUGAUGACAACAGGUACCGGUCUGUAAUGAUGACACAGGUACCGGUCUGUAAUGAUGACACAGGUACCGGUCUGUAAUGAUGACACAGGUACCGGUCUGUAAUGAUGACAGCAGGUACCGGUCUGUAAUGAUGACAGCAGGUACCGGUCUGUAAUGAUGACAGCAGGUACCGGUCUGUAAUGAUGACAACAGGUACCGGUCUGUAAUGAUGACAGCAGGUACCGGUCUGUAAUGAUGACAGCAGGUACCGGUCUGUAAUGAUGACAGCAGGUACCGGUCUGUAAUGAUGACAGCAGGUACCGGUCUGUAAUGAUGACAGCAUGUACCGUCUGUAAUGAUGACACAGUACCGUCUGUAAUGAUGACACAGGUACCGGUCUGUAAUAUGACAACAGGUACCGGUCUGUAAUGAUGACAACAGGUACCGGUCUGUAAUGAUGACCGCAGGUACCGGUCUGUAAUGAUGACAGCAGGUACCGGUCUGUAAUGAUGACAGCAGGUACCGGUCUGUAAUGGGGGUGGGGCUGAUCACAGCGGGUCAGUGUGAUACCAAUGUAACAGUGUGAUACCAUAGUAACAGUGUGUUGUGGGGGUGAUUACAGGGGACCAGUGUGAUACCAUAGUAACAGUGUAUUGUGUGUUGUAGGGGUGGGGCUGAUCACAGCGGGUCAGUGUGAUACCAUAGUAACAGUGUAUUGUGGGGGUGAUUACAGGGGACCAGUGUGAUACCAUAGUAACAGUGUAUUGUGUGUUGUAGGAGUGGGGCUGAUCGCAGCAGGCCAGUGUGAUACCAUAGUAACUGUGUAUUGUGUGUUGUAGGAGUGGGGCUGAUCGCAGCAGGCCAGUGUGAUACCAUAGUAACAGUGUAUUCUCUAUGUGUUGUAGGAGUGGGGCUGAUCGCAGCAGGUCAGUGUGAUACCAUAGUAACAGUGUAUUGUGUGUUGUAGGAGUGGGGCUGAUCGCAGCAGGCCAGUGUGAUACCAUAGUAGCUGGAGGGGUGGAGUUUAUGUCGGACGUCCCUAUUCGCCACAGCAGGAAGAUGAGGAAGACCAUGUUGGCUCUGAACAGAGCGAAGACCCUCGGACAACGCCUUAGCCUUAUAAGCUCUAUCAGGAUGGCUCAUCUCACACCUGAGGUAUUUCAUCUACAGUGGUGUGAAAGUGUUUGCCCCCUUCCUGAUUUGUUAUUUGUUUGCAUGUUUGUCACACUUAAAUGUUUCAGAUCAUCAAACAAAUGUAAAUAUUAGUCAAAGAUAACACAACACAAGUAAACAGAAAAUGCAGUUUUGAAAUGAAGGUUGUUAUUAUUAAGGGAACAAAAUCCAAACCCACAUGGCCCUGUGGGAAAAAGGGUUUGCCAACCCCCCCCCCCCCCCCCCUUCCUUUUAACAGAACUCAACUGUGGUUUAUCACACCUGAGUUCAAUUCCUCUAGCCACACCCAGGCCUGAUUACUUUAUUAUUAACAAAAGAUCCUCCAAAAGCUAGACAUCAUGCCGAGAUCCAAAGAAAUUCAGGAACAAAUGAGAAAGAAAGUAAUUGAGAUCCAUCAGUCUGGAAAAGGUUAUAAAGCCAUUUCUAAAGCUUUGGGACUCCAGCGAACCACAGUGAAAGCCAUUAUCCACAAAUGGCGAAAACAUGGAACAGUGGUGAACCUUCCCAGGAGUGGCCGGCCGACCAAAAUUACCCCAAGAGCGCAGCGACGACUCAUCCAAGAGGUCACAAAAGACCCCACAACAACAUCCAAAGAGCUGCAGGCCUCACUUGCCUCAUUUAAGGUCAGUGUUCAUGACUCCACCAUAAGAAAGAGACUGGUCAAAAAUGGCCUGCAUGGCAGAGUUCCCAGACGAAAACCACUGCUGAGCAAAAAGAACAUUAAGGCUCGUCUCAUUUUUGCCAGAAAACAUCUUGAUGAUCUCCAAGACCUUUGGGAAAAUACUCUGUGGACUGACGAGACAAAAGUUUGAACUUUUUGGAAGGUGUGUGUCCCAUUACAUCUGGCGUAAAAGUAACACCGCAUUUCAGAAAAAGAACAUCAUACCAACAGUAAAAUAUGGUGGUGGUAGUGGUAGAAGUUUACAUACACCUUAACCAAAUACAUUUAAACUCAGUUUUUCACAAUUCCUGACAUUUAAUCCUAGUAAAAAUUCCCUGUUUUAGGUCAGUUAGGAUCACCACUUUAUUUUAAGAAUGUGAAAUGUCAGAAUAAUAGUAGAGAGAAUGAUUUAUUUCAGCUUUUAUUUCUUUCAUCACAUUCCCAGUGGGACAGAAGUUUACAUACACUCAAUUAGUAUUUUGUAUCAUUGCCUUUAAAUUGUUUAACUUGGGUCAAACGUUUUGGGUAGCCUUCCACAAGCUUCCCACAAUAAGUUGGGUGAAUUUUGGCCCAUUCCUCCUGACAGAGAUGGUGUAACUGAGUCAGGUUUGUAGGCCUCCUUGCUCGCACACGCUUUUUCAGUUCUGCCCACACAUUUCCUAUAGGAUUGAGGUCAGGGCUUUGUGAUGGCCACUCCAAUACCUUGACUUUGCUGUCCUUAAGCCAUUUUGCCACAACAUUGGAAGUAUGCUUGGGGUCAUUGUCUAUUUGGAAGACCCAUUUGCGACCAAGCUUUAACUUCCUGACUGAUGUCUUGAGAUGUUGCUUCAAUAUAUCCACAUAAUUUUCCUUCCUCAUGAUGCCAUCUAUUUUGGGAAGUGCACCAGUCCCUCCUGCAGCAAUGCACCCCCACAGCAUGAUGCUGCCACCCCGUUCUUCACGGUUGGGAUGGUGUUCUUCGGCUUGCAAGCACCCCCUUUUUCCUCCAAACAUAACGAUGGUCAUUAUGGCGAAACCGUUCUAUUUUUGUUUCAUCAGACCAGAGGACAUUUCUCCAAAAAGUACGAUCUUUGUCCCCAUGUGCAGUUGCAAACCGUUGUCUGGCUUUUUAUGGUGUUUUUGGAGCAGUGGCUUCUUCCUUGCUGAGCGGCCUUUCAGGUUAUGUCGAUAUAGGACUUGUUUACUGUGGAUAUAGAUACUUUUGUACCUGUUUCCUCCAGCAUCUUCACAAGGUCCUUUGCUGUUGUUCUGGGAUUGAUUUGCACUAUUCGCACCAAAGUACGUUAAUCUCUAGGAGACAGAACGCGUCUCCUUCCUGAGCGGUAUGACAGCUGCGUGGUCCCAUGGUGUUUUUACUUGCGUACUAUUGUUUGUACAGAUGAACGUGGUACCUUCAGGCGUUUGGAAAUUGCUCCCAAGGAUGAACCAGACUUGUGGAGGUCUACAAUUUUUUUUCUAAGGUCUUGGCUGAUUUCUUUUGAUUUUCCCAUGAGGUCAAGCAAAGAGGCACUGAGUUUGAAGGUAGGCCUUGAAAUACAUCCACAGGUACACCUCCUAUUGACUCAAAUGAUGUCAAUUAGCCUAUCAGAAGCUUCUAAAGCCAUGACAUCAUUUUCUGGAAUUUUCCAAGCUGUUUAAAGGCACAGUCAACUUAGUGUAUGUAAACCUCUGACCCACUGGAAUUGUGAUACAGUGAAUUAAAAGUGAAAUAAUCUGUCUGUAAACAAUUGUUGGAAAAAUUACUUGUCAUGCACAAAGUAGAUGUCCUAUCAGACUUGCCAAAACUAUAGAUUGUUAACAAGACAUUUGUGGGGUGGUUGAAAAACGAGUUUUAAUGACUCCAACCUAAGUGUAUGUAAACUUCCGACUUCAACUGUGUGUGUGUAUGUAUGUGUGUGUAUAUAUAUAUAUAUAUAUAUAUAUAUAUAAAUAAAUAAAAUAUUGCUAAAAAAAAUAAAGGGAACACUAAAAUAACACAUCCUAGAACUGAAUGAAUGAAAUAAUCUUAUUAAAUACUUUUUUCUUUACAUAGUUGAAUGUGCUGACAACAAAAUCACACAAAAAUUAUCAAUGGAAAUCAAAUUUAUCAACCCAUGGAGGUCUGGAUUUGGAGUCACCCUCAAAAUUAAAGUGGAAAACCACACUACAGGCUGAUCCAACUUUGAUGUAAUGUCCUUAAAACAAGUCAAAAUGAGGCUCAGUAGUGUGUGUGGCCUCCACGUGCCUGUAUGACCUCCCUACAACGCCUGGGCAUGCUCCUGAUGAGGUGGCGGAUGGGCUCCUGAGGGAUCUCCUCCCAGACCUGGACUAAAGCAUCCGCCAACUCCUGGACAGUCUGUGGUGCAACGUGGCGUUGGUGGAUGGAGCGAGACAUGAUGUCCCAGAUGUGCUCAAUUGGAUUCAGGUCUGGGGAACGGGCGGUCCAUAGCAUCAAUGCCUUCCUCUUGCAGGAACUGCUGACACACUCCAGCCACAUGAGGUCUAGCAUUGUCUUGCAUUAGGAGGAACCCAGGGCCAACCGCACCAGCAUAUGGUCUCACAAGGGGUCUGAGGAUCUCAUCUCGGUACCUAAUGGCAGUCAGGCUACCUCUGGCGAGCACAUGGAGGGCUGUGCAGCCCCCCAAAGAAAUGCCACACCACACCAUGACUGACCCACCGCCAAACCGGUCAUGCUGGAGGAUGUUGCAGGCAGCAGAACGUUCUCCACGGCGUCUCCAGACUCUGUCACAUGUGCUCAGUGUGAACCUGCUUUCAUCUGUGAAGAGCACAGGGCGCCAGUGGCGAAUUUGCCAAUCUUGGUGUUCUCUGGCAAAUGCCAAACGUCCUGCACGGUGUUGGGCUGUAAGCACAACCCCCACCUGUGGACAUCGGGCCCUCAUACCACCCUCAUGGAGUCUGUUCCUGACCGUUUGAGCAGACACAUGCACAUUUGUGGCCUGCUGGAGGUCAUUUUGCAGGGCUCUGGCAGUGCUCCUCCUGCUCCUCCUUGCACAAAGGCGGAGGUAGCGGUCCUGCUGCUGGGUUGUUGCCCUCCUACGGCCUCCUCCACGUCUCCUGAUGUACUGGCCUGUCUCCUGGUAGCGCCUCCAUGCUCUGGACACUACGCUGACAGACACAGCAAACCUUCUUGCCACAGCUCGCAUUGAUGUGCCAUCCUGGAUGAGCUGCACUACCUGAGCCACUUGUGUGGGUUGUAGACUCCGUCUCAUGCUACCACUAGAGUGAAAGCACCGCCAGCAUUCAAAAGUGACCAAAACAUCAGCCCGGAAGCAUAGGAACUGAGAAGUGGUCUGUGGUCACCACCUGCAGAACCAGUCCUUUAUUGGGGGUGUCUUGCUAAUUGCCUAUAAUUUCCACCUGUUGUCUAUUCCAUUUGCACAACAGCAUGUGAAAUGUAUUGUCAAUCAGUGUUGCUUCCUAAGUGGACAGUUUGAUUUCACAGAAGUGUGAUUGACUUGGAGUUACAUUGUGUUGUUUAAGUGUUCCCUUUAUUUUUGAGCAGUGUAUAAUUUGUGUGUUUAUAUAAUGUGUUUUGUGUAUAAUGUAUAUGUGUGUUGAUAUAAAUGUGUGUGUGUGUGUGUGUGUAUAAUGUAUAUGUGUGUUUAUAUAAUGUGUGUGUGUUUAUAUAAUGUAUGUGUGUGUGUUUAUAUAAUGUGUGUGUGUUUAUAUUGUGUGUGUUUAUAUGAUGUGUGUGUGUGUGUGUGUGUUUAUAUAAUGUGUGUGUAGCUGCCUGCGGUAGCAGAGUUUUCCACGGCAGAGACGAUGGGUCAUAGUGCGGACCGUCUGGCGGCGGCGUUCGGAGUGACUCGGUUGGAGCAGGAUGAAUUCGCUCUGCGAUCUCACACUUUAGCCAAACAGGCUCAGGAUGCAGGACUCCUCAGCGACGUCAUCAGCUUCAAGGUGCCAGGUAACCAUGAACACUGGGUUGUUGUCUAGUUUGGUGGGUUAGAACUGUGACCAAUGGUGUAGUUUAGUCUAGUAUUAGGGGUUGAGACUAGUGACCAGAGGGUUAGUUAGUCUAGUAUUAGGGGGUGUAGAGACUAUGACCAGAGGUUAGUUAGUCUAGUAUUAGGGGUUUCGAACUAGUGACCAGAGGGUUAGUUAGUCUAGUAUUAGGGGGUUAGAGACUAGUGACCAGAGGGUUAGUUAGUCUAGUAUUAGGGGGUUAGAGACUAGUGACCAGAGGGUUAGUUAGUCUAGUAUUAGGGGGUUAGAGACUAGUGACCAGAGGGUUAGUUAGUCUAGUAUUAGGGGGUUAGAGACUAGUGACCAGAGGGUUGGUUGGUUAGUUAGUCUAGUAUUAGGGGGUUAGAGACUAGUGACCAGAGGGUUAGUUAGUCUAGUAUUAGGGGUUAGAGACUAGUGACCAGAGGGUUAGUUAGUCUAGUAUUAGGGGGUUAGAGACUAGUGACCAGAGGGUUAGUUAGUCUAGUAUUAGGGGGUUAGAGACUAGUGACCAGAGGGUUAGUUAGUCUAGUAUUAGGGGUUAGAGACUAGUGACCAGAGGGUUAGUUAGUCUAGUAUUAGGGGGUUAGAGACUAGUGACCAGAGGGUUAGUUAGUCUAGUAUUAGGGGUUAGAGACUAGUGACCAGAGGGUUAGUUAGUCUAGUAUUAGGGGGUUAGAGACUAGUGACCAGAGGGUUAGUUAGUCUAGUAUUAGGGGGUUAGAGACUAGUGACCAGAGGGUUAGUUAGUCUAGUAUUAGGGGGUUAGAGACUAGUGACCAGAGGGUUAGUUAGUCUAGUAUUAGGGGUUAGAGACUAGUGACCAGAGGGUUAGUUAGUCUAGUAUUAGGGGUUAGAGACUAGUGACCAGAGGGUUAGUUAGUCUAGUAUUAGGGGGUUAGAGACUAGUGACCAGAGGGUUAGUUAGUCUAGUAUUAGGGGGUUAGAGACUAGUGACCAGAGGGUUAGUUAGUCUAGUAUUAGGGGGUUAGAGACUAGUGACCAGAGGGUUAGUUAGUCUAGUAUUAGGGGUUAGAGACUAGUGACCAGAGGGUUAGUUAGUCUAGUAUUAGGGGGUUAGAGACUAGUGACCAGAGGGUUAGUUAGUCUAGUAUUAGGGGUUAGAGACUAGUGACCAGAGGGUUAGUUAGUCUAGUAUUAGGGGUUAGAGACUAGUGACCAGAGGGUUAGUUAGUCUAGUAUUAGGGGGUUAGAGACUAUGACCAGAGGGUUAGUUAGUCUAGUAUUAGGGGGUUAGAGACUAGUGACCAGAAGGGUAUAGUUAGUCUAGUAUAGGGUUAGAGACUAGUGACCAGAGGGUUGUUAGUCUAGUCUAGUAUUAGGGUUAGAGACUAGUGACCAGAGGGUUAGUUAGUCUAGUAUUAGGGGGUUAGAGACUAGUGACCAGAGGGUUAGUUAGUCUAGAUAUUAGGGGUUAGAGACUAGUGACCAGAGGGUUAGUUAGUCUAGUAUUAGGGGUUGAGACUAGUGACCAGAGGUUAGUUAGUCUAGUAUUAGGGGGUUAGAGACUAGUGACCAGAGGGUUAGUUAGUCUAGUAUUAGGGGGUUUAGAGACUAGUGACCAAGGGUUAGUUAGUCUAGUAUUAGGGGGUUAGAGACUAGUGACCAGAGGGUUAGUUAGUCUAGUAUUAGGGGGGUUAGAGACUAGUGACCAGAGGGUUAAGUUUAGUCUAGUAUUAGGGGGUUAGAGACUAGUGACCAGAGGGUUAGUUAGUCUAGUAUUAGGGGUUAGAGACUAGUGACCAGAGGGUUAGUUAGUCUAGUAUUAGGGGGUUAGAGACUAGUGACCAGAGGGUUAGUUAGUCUAGUAUUAGGGGGUUAGAGACUAGUGACCAGAGGGUUAGUUAGUCUAGUAUUAGGGGGUUAGAGACUAGUGACCAGAGGGUUAGUUAGUCUAGUAUUAGGGGGUUAGAGACUAGUGACCAGAGGGUUAGUUAGUCUAGUAUUAGGGGGUUAGAGACUAGUGACCAGAGGGUUAGUUAGUCUAGUAUUAGGGGGUUAGAGACUAGUGACCAGAGGGUUAGUUAGUCUAGUAUUAGGGGGUUAGAGACUAGUGACCAGAGGGUUAGUUAGUCUAGUAUUAGGGGGUUAGAGACUAGUGACCAGAGGGUUAGUUAGUCUAGUAUUAGGGGGUUAGAGACUAGUGACCAGAGGGUUAGUUAGUCUAGUAUAGGGUUAGAGAUAGUGACCAGAGGGUUAGUUAGUCAUAGUUAGGGGUUAGAGACUAGUGACCAGAGGGUUAGUUAGUCUAGUAUUAGGGGGUUAGAGACUAGUGACCAGAGGGUUAGUUAGUCUAGUAUUAGGGGGUUAGAGACUAGUGACCAGAGGGUUAGUUAGUCUAGUAUUAGGGGUUAGAGACUAGUGACCAGAGGGUUAGUUAGUCUAGUAUUAGGGGGUUAGAGACUAGUGACCAGAGGGUUAGUUAGUCUAGUAUUAGGGGUUAGAGACUAGUGACCAGAGGGUUAGUUUAGUCUAGUAUUAGGGUGUUAGAGACUAGUGACCAGAGGGUUUAGUUUAGUCUAGUAUUAGGGGGUUAGAGACUAGUGACCAGAGGGUUAGUUAGUCUAGUAUUAGGGGGUUAGAGACUAGUGACCAGAGGGUUAGUUAGUCUAGUAUUAGGGGUUAGAGACUAGUGACCAGAGGGUUAGUUAGUCCUAGUAUUAGGGGGUUAGAGACUAGUGACCAGAGGGUUAGUUAGUCUAGUAUUAGGGGGUUAGAGACUAGUGACCAGAGGGUUAGUUAGUCUAGUUUUAGGGGUUAGAGACUAGUGACCAGAGGGUUGGUUGGUUAGUUAGUCUAGUUUUAGGGGUUAGAGACUAGUGACCAGAGGGUUAGCGUUCUAGUCCAUCAAGCCAGUGGUUACGAAACUGUGGGGCACAGGGGGCAUGUUAGAAUGCACAUGGUGUAAAACGGGGGGGCGUUCCCCAAUGAUGGAAGGGUAGCCUGAGUGGAGAAGUUAGGGAACCCCUGCAUCAAGCCAACAGAGCAUUCUAUGACUGCUGUGAUGAUGACAAAUAUUGAACAAAGUGUGUGUGUAGGGCGUGACAUGGUCGCCAAGGACAACGGGAUCCGUCCAUCCUCCAUGGAACAGCUGGCCAAACUGAAACCUGCCUUCAUCAAACCCCAUGGCACUGUUACUGCUGCAAACUCCUCCUUCCUGGUACGUGCACGCACACGCACGCACGCACGCGCACACGCACACGCACACACAGAGAGAGAGAACAGUUAACUGUUUCUCCUCCUUCCUGGUAUAAACACAUAACAUAUUUUUUUAUUGACUGUUACUCAACUCCUCAAUUGACUGAAUGUAAACUGUGUGUGUUCCUCAGACGGACGGUGCAUCAGCUGUCCUCAUCAUGUCAGAAGAGAAAGCCCUGGCCAUGGGAUACAAGCCCAAAGCCUACCUCAGGUACUGUAUUACUGUAAUAUACUAUACUUCACUAUACUACAGAGAAAGCCCUGGCCAUGGGAUACAAGCCCAAAGCCUACCUCAGGUACUGUAAUAUACUAUACUUCACUAUACUACAGAGAAAGCCCUGGCCAUGGGAUACAAGCCCAAAGCCUACCUCAGGUACUGUAUUACUGUAAUAUACUAUACUUCACUAUACUACAGAGAAAGCCCUGGCCAUGGGAUACAAGCCCAAAGCCUACCUCAGGUACUGUAAUAUACUAUACUUCACUAUACUACAGAGAAAGCCCUGUCCAUGGGAUACAAGCCCAAAGCCUACCUCAGGUACUGUAAUAUACUAUACUUCACUAUACUACAGAGAAAGCCCUGGCCAUGGGAUACAAGCCCAAAGCCUACCUCAGGUACUCUAUUACUGUAAUAUACUAUACUUCACUAUACUACAUAGAAGUAUCUGCAGUGUGUAGUCAUGGUAUGUGUAUCUGCUGUGUGUGUUCUACAGAGACUUUGUGUACGUGUCUCAGGACCCCAAAGACCAGUUGCUGCUGGGGUGAGUAACCUUUAACCCUGACCUAGAGUGGACCUGAACUUUAACCCUGCUAUAGUAGCUCUAUGGUCUAUAGAACCAUGAGGAUGAGGAUGAUAAAUAGUUAAUACGUUUGUUUCUCCUCUUCAGGCCAGCAUAUGGAACUCCUAAAGUUCUGGCACGUGCAGGGUUAACUAUGGAUGACAUCGAUGUCUUCGAGUUCCACGAGGCCUUUGCCGUGAGUUACUCUGUGUGUGUGUGUGUCUGUGUGUGUGUGUGUGUGUGUGUGUUCUACAUGUUAGAUCUUCUUUAUGUGGAGCUCAGUAUAAGUUAUAGAUCCUUCAAAUUCCUCAGUGUCCACAUCACUAAGGACUUGGACCUCUGUAGCUCAGCUGGUAGAGCACGGCGCUUGUAACGCCAAGGUAGUGGGUUCGAUCCCCGGGACCACACAUACGUAAAAAUGUAUGCACACAUGACUGUAAGUCGCUUUGGAUAAAAGCGUCUGCUAAAUGGCUUAUUAUUAUUAUUAUUAUUAUUAUUAUUAUGAUUAUUAUUAUGAUUAUUAUUAUUAACAUGGUCCACACAAACCAACACAGUCCUGAAGAGGGCCCGGCAGCGCCUAUUCCCCCUCAGGAGGCUGAAAAGGUUUGGCACGGGUCCUCAGAUCCUCAAAACGUUAUACAGCUGCACCAUCUAGAGCAUCCUGACUGGCUGCAUCACCGCCUGGUAUGGAAAAUGCACCGCCCUUGGCCAAGGCGCUACAGAGGGUGGUGCGGACAGCCCAGUACAUCACUGGGGCCAAGCUCCCUGCCAUCCAGGACCUCUAGACCAGGCGGUCAGAGGAAGGCCCUGAAUAUUGCCAAAUACUCCAGCCCCCCUAGCCAUAGACUGUUCUCUCUACUACCGUCCGGCAAACGGUACCGGAGCAUCGGCUUUCGGACCAACUGGCUCCGAGACAGCUUCUAUCCCCAAGCCAUAAGACUGCUAAAUAGCCAGACUGCUAAAUAGCCAGACUGCUAAAUAGCCAGACUGCUAAAUAGUUAAUUCAUGGUACCUGAACUAUCUGCACUGACUCUAUCUCACAUUGACCCUACUCACUCACCCUACUCACUCACCCUAUCACACACACACACUCACCCUACUCACUCACCCUACACUCACCCUACACUCACCCUACUCACUCACCCUACACUCACCCUACUCGACCCCACCCUCCUACACCACCCUACUCCCCACUCACCCUCACUCACCCUACUCACCCCUCCUACACUCACCCUACUCACCCUCCCUCCCCUACACUUCACCCCCUACCCCCCCUACCCCCCUACACUCACCCUACUCACCCCUCCUACACUCACCCCCACCACCCCCCCUACACCACCCUAACUCACCCCCUACACUCACCCUACACUCACCCUACCAACCCACCACCCCUACACUCACCCUACCACCCCCCCAACUCAAACCCACACUCACCCUACCCCCCCUACACUCACCCACAAACCCCACCAACCCUAAAUCACCCCCCCCCCCUAAAACUCCCCCAAAACCCACCCCAAAACCCCCCCCCCCCCACCCCCCAAAACCCCCCCCUACCCCCCCAAAACCCCCCCCCCCCACCCCCCCACACCCCCAAAACCCCCCCCCCCCCCCCCCACCCCCCCCCCCCCCCCCCAAACCCCCCCCCCCCACCCCCCCACCCACCCCCCCCCAAAACCCCCCCAAACCCCCCCCCCUCCCCCCAACCCCCCCCCCCCUACUCACCCCCCCCCCACCCCCCCCCUUUCCCCCCCUCCCAAAACCCCCCCCCCCUCCCCCCCCCCCCCCCCCCCACCCCCCCCCCCAAACACCCCCCCCCCCCACCCCCAAACCACCCCCCCAACCCCCCCCCAAAAACCCCCCCCCCCCCCCCAAACCCAAAACCCACCCACCCCCCCCCCCCCCCACCCCCCCCACCCCCACCCCCCCCCCCCCCCCCCCCUCCCCACCCCCCCCAACCCCCCCCCCCCCCACCCCCCCUACCCCCCCCACCCCCCCCCCCCCCCACCCCCCCCCCCCCCCCCCCCCCCCCCCCCCCUCCCUCCCCAAAACCCCCCCCCCAAACCCCCCACCCCCCCCCCCAAACAACCCCCCUCCCCCCCCCACCCUCCCCCCCCCCCCCCCCUCCCUACCCCCCCCCCCCCAAACCCCCCCCCCCCCCCCCCUUUUCCCCCCCCCCCCCACCACCCACCCCAAAACCCCCCCCCCCCCCCCCCCCCCCCACCCCCCCCCAAAAACCCCCCAACCCCCCCCCCCCACCCCCCCCCCCCCACAAAACCCCCCCCCCCCCCCACCCCCCCCACCCACCCCCCCCCCCCCCCCCCACCCGACCCCCCCCCCCCUCCCCCCCCCCCCCCCCCCAAAAACCCCCUCCCCCCCCACCCACCCCCCCCCCCACCCCCACCCCCCCCCCCCCCCAAACCCCCCCCUUUCCCCCCCCCCCCCCCCCCCUUUUACUCCCCUUUUUAAAAACCCCCCCUCCCCCUCCCUUCCCCUCCCCCCCCCCCUCCCCCCCCCCUUUACCCCCCCCCCUCCACCCACCUUUUCCCACCCCCCCCCCCCUUUUUUUUCCCCCCCCCCCCCCCCCCCAAAUCCCCCCACCCCCCAACCCUCCCCCUCCCCCCCCCCCAAAUCCCCCUUUCCCCUCCCCCUCCCCACCCCACCUCCCCCUCCCAAUUCCCCCCCCCCCCCCCCAAAACCCCCCAAAAAAUUUUUCCCAAAACCAAUUUAUUCCCAAAAAAUUUUUUUCAACAACUUUCAACUAAUUUUUUCCUGUUCUUCAUUUUUUCCCUUUCUACCCUACUAAUUUUAAACCCCCCCCCCAAAUUACCCUCCAAAAAUUAAAAAAAAAAUUUUUUUCUAUAUUUUUCCUCCCUUCCCUUUUAAACUACCUCAAAUACCUUUAUUAUUAUCCUGAUGCCUAUCACUUUACCCGCCUUUUUAAUUUACCCCCAAUUAUUUCCCUACCUAAAAAAAUUUACCUUAAUUUAUCUAUCCUGUUUUCCCCUAGUCAUUUAAAACCCUGUUUUCUUACAUAUCUACCUCAAAUACCUUAUUUUUAUCUAUCCUGAUGCCUAGUCACUUUCCCCCUGCCUUCGUACUAUCUCCCUCAAUACCUAUUAUUAUCUUCUGAUGCCUGGUCAUUUUUACCUGCCUUUUUCAACAAUCUACCUCAAAUCCUUUAUUAUUACAUCCUAUGCCUGGUCAUUUUAAAACCCCUUCAUCUACAUACACAUGUAAAACCAGUCAAACGUUUGGCACACCUCUCACAAGGGUUUUUUUUUUUUUUUGACUUUUUCACAUUCAUUUUUUACCCAAACAUGAAAAACACAUAUGGAAUCAUGGUAGAAACCAAAAAAGGUUAAAAACAAAAAUUUUAUUUUAAUUUUUUCCCGGGAAUGCUUUUAAAACAGUUUUUGAAGGGUUCCCCCAAAUAUUGAGCACUUUUUGGCUGUUUUUUUCCUUCAUCUGGUCCCCAACUCUCCCAAACCAUCUCAAUUUUUUUUGAGGUGGGGUUUUGUUUUUGUGGAGGCCGGGGUUUUUGAUGCAGCCCCCUUUUUUUCCCUUUUUUGGGGUAAUACCCUUACACAACCGGAGGUGGGGUUGGGUCAUUGUCCUGUUAAAAAAAAAAAAUGAUAGUCCCACUAACCCCCAACCAGUGGGUUUGGUUUUUAUCGUGCAAAAUGCUGUGGUGCCAGCUGGUUAAUUUGGGGCCUUAAAUUCUUGUAAAUCACUGACAUGUCACCAAAAAAGCACCAUAAACACCUCCUCCGUGCUUAGGGUGGGAACCACACUUUCGGAGAUCACCCUUUUCACCUUUCUUAUCUCAAAAGACACGGGGUUGGAACCAAAAAAUCUCAAAAGGACAGAUUUCUAAUUCCAUUUUUUUCGGUUUCUUGGCCCAACAAGUCCCCUUUUUUUUUUUCCUUUUUAGGAUGUCCUUGCAAAAUUUCGAUAUGAAGGCCUGUUCCACAGCCCUCCUCAAACAUUUGAUUUUUAAUGUGUUUUUUUCUUGAACUCGUGAAGAUUUAUUUGGGUUCCCUUUUUUUCUCCCUGAACCCCUCUAAUGAACUUAUCCUCUCGCAGGGGGGUAAUUUUUGGGGUUUUUUCCAUUCCGGGCGGCCCCUCAUAAAGCCCUUUCAUCAUAGCCUUGAUGGUUUUUUGCAAUGCCCUUGAAAAACUUUAAAAUUUCUAAAAAUUUUCCCGUUUUGCCCUGCCCUUUCAUUGUUUUAAAGUAAUAGGGACUGUCGUUUCUCUUUGCUUAUUUGAGUGUUCUUGCCAUAAUUUGGACUUGGCUUUUAUCAAAUAGGGCUUCUUCUGUAUGAAAACCCUCCUUGCAAACAAAAACUGAUUGGCUAAAAUGCAUUAAGAAGGAAAGAAAUUCCCAAAUCUUUUGGGGAAGGCACCCUUUUAAUUGAAAUGCUUUCCCCGGGGACCCCCCCCUCAUAACUUUUGGGAAGAAUGCCAAAUGUGCGGUUGUCAUCAAGGAAAGUGUGCUAUUUGAAAAUCUAAAAUUUGAAAUAUUUUUUAUUUGUUAACACUUUUUUGGUUACUAUUUUAUUCCAUAUGUUUUUUUCGUGUUUUUUAUGCUUAACUAUUAUUAUACAAUGUAAAAAAAUUAAAAAAAAAGAAAAAAAACCCCCGGAAAAGUAGGUGUGUUUCCCGGCGGUUUAAAAAACAAACACACAGCCCUGUAAAGCUCCAUAUUGACUAGUUUUCCUGGGUACUUCCUGUAUAUAGCUCCACAUUGAUCUGGUCUGGACUUUUCCCCCGUAUAUAGCCCAAUUGAUCUGGGACUGGAACCCCCCUGUAUUAGCUCCAAAUUUUUAUCUGGUACGGGUACUCCCGUUAUAGCUCCACAUUGACGUCUGGUACUCCCUGUAUAUAGCCCCUUUAUUGGUCCCCGGUACUCCCCGUAUUGCUCCACAUUGAUCGGUUACUGGGUUUUCCCUGUAUUUGCUCCACAUUUACUGGUAUGGUACCUUUCCCCUUUCGUACUUUUACUCCCUUAUAUGCUUUCCAAUUUUCUGGUACUGGGUCCCUGUAUAUAUUUUCCCAUUGACUGGUACUGGUACUUCCUGUAUAUAGCCCCCAUUUUGGGUCUGGUACCCCCGUUUUAACUACUUAUCUUUUUUAUUUCCCUGUUAUAGCUCCACAUUGAUCUGGUACGGUACUCCCCUGGUAUAUAGCUCCAAUUGAUUGGGGAAUGGUACUUUCCCGUAAUAAAACUCCACAUUGAUCUGGUACUGGUUACCCUGUAAUAGCCCACAUCUGGGAUUCCCUGUAUAUGCUCCACAUUGAUUCUGGUAAUCCUGUAUAUGCUCCACAUUGAUCUGGUAAAUUUUCUCCCUGUAUAUGCUCCACAUUGUCUGGGGAUUCCCCUGUAUAUAGCUCCACUUGUCGGUCUGGUAUCCCUGUAUAUGCCCACUUGACGGUCUGGUUCCCUUAAUACUCCACUGAUCGGUACUGGUACCCCCCCUUUUUUACUCCCCUUGAUCUGGUCUGGUAAUCCCUGUAUAUGCUCCACAUUGACUGGUUCGUAUUUUUUAAAACUCCCAUUUACUGGGCGGGGAUCCCUAAUAUACUCCACAUUGAUCUGGUUCCCCGGUACUCCCCAAAUUAAAUUGGUUUUGGUAUCCCUUUUUUAUCCACAUUGAUCUGGUUCUGGUACUCCCUUUAUUACUCCACAUUGACCGGGGAAUUUCCCCCUGUAUAUUUAGCUCCACUUGAUCUUUGGGGAUUUGGUACCCCUUUAUAUCUCCACCCCUUGGUUUUUGGUAUCCCUUAUAUAGCUCCACAUUGUUUUGGUCGGUCUUUUCCCCGUAUAUAGCUCCACUUGAUCGGGAUUCUUAUGAAGCCCAAAUUAUCUGGUUUUCUGGUAUCCCUGUUUUAUCUCCACGUUGGUCUUUUAAAUCCCUGUAUAAGCUCCACAUUGAUCUGGUUCUGGUACCCCUGUAUAUGCUCCCCAAAUUUUCUGUACCCCCUUUCCCUGUAUAUAGCUCACAUUUAUCGGUCUUUUUAAAUUUCUCCAAUUAUUGGCCCCCUUAUAAGCCCCCAUUGGAAAAUUGUACUCCCUGUAUUAGUCCCCUUGACCCCGGGUACUUCCCCCGUAUAUGCUCCAAAAUUAUCUGGUACUCCUGUAUAUGCUCCACAUUGAUCUGGUACUCCCCGAAUAGCUCCAUUAUUGGGGCUGGUACUCAAAAUUUUUUAGGGGCCCAAAUUGAUCGGUAUUUUCCCUUUAGCUCCACAUUGAUCUGGUACCUUUUCCCCGUAUUACUCCACAUUGAUCUGGGAAAUUAUUUGUAAUAGCCCAAUUUUAUCUGGUACUGGUCCCCUGUAUAUGCUCCACAUUAUUGGUUUCGGGACUUCCUUAUAUUUUCUCCACAUUGAUCUGGGGGACGUACUUCCCCUUUAAGCUAAUUUAUCUGUGGUUAAAUUUGGUACUUGAUUUUAUAGUCCAAUUGAUCUGGUACUUCCUGUAUUACUCCACAUUGAUCUGGUACUUACUCCCCGUAUUAGCCCCUUAUCUGGUCUGGUACUUCCCUUAUUAGCUCCACAUUGAUCUGGUUUUCUGGUACUUCCCUGUAUUUUUAUUUUCCCCAAACCCAAAAUUUAUCUGGUUUCUGGCUCCCCUUUUUUAUUCUCCCCAUUGGAUUGGUCGGUACUCCCUGUAAACUCCACUUGCUUCUGGUACUUUUCCCGUAUAUAGCUCCCACUUGAUUGGUACUCCCGAUAUAGCUCCACAUUUAUCUGGCUGGUACUUCCCUUAUAUACUCCACUUUUAUCUGGUUUCUGGUACUCCUUAUAUACUCCACAUUGAUCUGGUAUGGUAACCCCUGUAUAUGCUCACUUGUUGGUUUUCUCCCUGUAAUGUCCACUUUAACUGUUCUGGUACUUCCUUUAUACUCCAAUUGAUCUGGGUUACUCUUUCCCCCUUAUAUUCCUCCACAUUGUUGGGGUUUUUUCCCCGGUUACUCCACUUAUUUUUUUCCCCUGUUUAGCUUUCCAAAAUUGAUUUUUGGUUUUUUUCCUGUAUUCUCCCCCCUUUAUCUGGGACUGUUUUUCCCCCGUAUAUUCCCCCAAUGAUCUGGUUUUGGCUUUUGUUUAACUCCCCCUGGGGGUUAUAUAGUCCCCAUUUAUUUGGUCUGGUACUCCCCGGAUUACUCCACAUUUAUCUGGGCGGUCUCCCCGUAUAAGCUCCCCCUUGAUCUGGGCUGGUACUUCCCCGUAUUCUCCCCCAUUUAUUGGGACUGGGACCCCUUAUAUACUCCACAUUGACUGGUUUUUUUGGGCCCCCCCUGUAUUACUCCACAUGAUCUGGGAAAUGGUUUUCCCCUUUUAUAUAGCUCCCAUUAUCUUUUGGGACUCCCCUUUUAUACUCCCCAAAUUUAUCUGGUAUGGUACUCCCUGUAUAUAGCUCCACAUUUAUCUUUUUCGGUACUCCCCGUUAAAACUCCACAUUGUCUGGUAAAAUGGGACUCCCUGUAUAUAGCCCCCAAAUUGGUCUGGUCUCCCUUUUUCUAGACUUUUUUUUCCCCGUAUUAGCUCCAAUUUAUUGGUUUUUGGUUUAAAAUCCCCCGUAUAUCUCACUUGAUCUGGUUCCUCCCUUAUAAGCUCCACUUUAUCUGGUCCCCGUUUUUCUACAAAGCGGGUUUUUCUUUCUAGUCCACAUUGACUGGUUCUGGGACUUCCCCGUAAUCUCCACAUUGAUCGGUACUUUGUUUUUCCCCCAAAUUACCUUUUUCCCUUUUUAUUUAUAGUCCACAUUGAUCUGGUUCUGGUAUCCCCUGUAUUAGUCCACUUGAUCUGGUACUGGUACUCCCUGUAUAACUCCACAUUGACUGGUUUUUGGUUUUUAUUAUUUUUUUCUCCCAUUAUCUUGUACUGGUACUCCCCGUUAUGCUCCACUUUUUUGGGGCUGGUACUUCCCUGUAUAUAACUACAUUGAUUGGCGGGAUUCUGUUAUAGUAAAAUUGAUUGGUCGGUAUAUGUAAAUCCAAUUGUUGGUACUUACUUCCCCCGUUAAACCCAAAUUGAUUGGUAUUUGGGGUCCCUUUAUAUAUACAUUGAUCUGGGUUUGGUAAUUUCCUGAUAUAGUCCACAUUUUUUCUGGUAUGGGGAAUCCUUAAUACUCCAAUUGAUUUUGGUAUUUGAUAUGUCCAAUUGAUCUGGUAUGGUACUCCCGUAAUAGCUCCACAUUGAUCUGGUAUUGGGGACUUUCCCCGUAUAUAGCUCCACAUUGAUCUGGUCUGGUACUCCCCGUAAUACUCCACAUUGUUGGUACUUCCUGUAAAAUGCCCACAUUGAUCUGGUACGGGGCUCUGUUAUGUCCACAUUGAUCUGGUACUUGGUCCCCCCUUAAAACUCCCCAUUGAUUGGUCUUCUUCCUGUUAUAGCUCCCCAUUGAUUGGUACUGGUUUCUCCCCCGUAAUAGCUCCACAUGAUUGGAAAUGGCUUUUCCCUGUAUAUACUCCACAUUGAUCUGGGACUGGUCUUUCCCUUUUUGCCCACUUGAUUUUUUUACCCUUCCUUUCCCUGUUACCCAAUUUCUGGGACUUUUCUCCCCGGUAAAGCCACAUUUCUGGUACUGGUAUUCCCCGUUAUCCACUUUGGAUUUUUUUUUUGGGUUUUCAAACUUUUUUUGAAAAUUAUCUUACUUGAAAAGGUUGUUUUUUGCGUAAUCUCCAAAAUUGGAUUUUUGGUUUUUGGAAAUCCUGGUAUAAGCUUUAAAAAAUUGAUUUUAUUUUUAAAGUCCCCCACAUUGACGGAAAUUUCUUUCUUAACCCCCAUUUAAAUUAAUUGAAACUUUGGUUUCCCCUUUUUAAAUUGACGGGGAAGGUUUCCCUAAACUUUAAAAAUUGGGGGGUUUCUUAUCUUCCUUUUUUACUUUUUUUUUUUCACUUUUUUUGUUUUUUUUUAAACAAAAAGUUUGCUUUUGGGUUUUUUCUGCCCUUUUUUUUCCCCCCUUAUAUAGCUCCACAUUAUCUGGUACUGUUUCCCUUAUAUCUCCACUUGAUCGGGACUUACUCCCGUUAAGCUCCCUUUGAUCGUGGGUUUUCCCCUGAUAAGCUCCACAUGUCUGGUAUGGUUCUCCCUUACUCGCCUGUAUAUAGCUCACAUGUUUGGGUAUUUCCCUGGAAUCCACAUGACGGGUACUGGUCUCCCGGUAUAUAGCUCACAUUAUCUGGUACUGGUACUUGAUGUUAGUCCAUCUUGUGUAUUUUAUAUUAUUCCUCUUGUGUUACAAUAUCUUUUUUUGUAUUCAUAUUUUUUAACUCUGAAUCGUUGGGAAAGGUUCGUAAGCAAGCAUUUCGCUGUAAAGUCUACACCAGUUGUAUUCAGCGCAUGUGAUAAAUACAACUGGAUUGGAUUUAGAUGUUUAGUUUUGACAACAUAUUGAUGUGAUGUUGAGGAAGAGUUCACUGCCUCUAUCUAUUGUAACAGUGAUGUGUGUGUGUUUUAACAGGGCCAGAUAAUGGCUAACCUGAAAGCGUUGGAUUCAGACUGGUUUGCUCAGACCUACAUGGGACGGAAGGCUAAGGUAAUAUAUGAACUAUAAUAAUAUUGUGGAGUACUAUAUACUUCCUGUAUAUAGUACUCCACAUUGAUCAGCCCAACUGAUUCUAAUCUCUGUUAACCCAGAACUAAAGUAUAAUGUCGAUUAACUUCAGGGUCCAUGUGUGUUAGACUUUAUAGUCUGAAGGUAGCACUCAAAAGCCCAAUCGGUCCUGAUAAUGACGUACUACGAUAUAUCUGUGCAGCACGGCAUUGCUUUCUCUCUCUGCUGUGUGUUCAUCUUGCUAGCUGUCACUCAAAUCAAAUGUUUGUCACAUGCGCGGAAUACAACCGUUGUGAACCUUACAGUGAAAUACUUAAAGGGAAAAUGGUGUGCCACCGCUUCAAGAUGAGUCGCUUUCAAACUAGGGAUUUGGUGGCUAAUUGAGGUAAAACAGUAAUUUUGCUCAAUGAUUAUGCAUAUAUGAAUGACAUAUUGACACGUCCAGCCCAAAGCGGGAGGUUUAAAAAAUGCGUAGUUGCCAAAGUUCCAGAGUAGCUAGUUCCAGAGUAGCUAGUUCCAGAGUAGCUAGCUCCAGAGUUCCAGAGUAGCCAGCUCCAGAGUAGCCAGCUCCAGAGUAGCCAGCUCCAGAGUAGCUAGUUCCAGAGUAGCUAGUUCCAGAGUAGCUAGCUCCAGAGUUCCAGAGUAGCCAGCUCCAGAGUAGCUAGUUCCAGAGUAGCCAGCUCCAGUUCUAGCCGUUAGGGGCUGACUGUCCCCUCCCCUUCCGAAAGUCGAAAGAUGCUAACACCUGCGAAAUCGUGACAGAUCUACCGUACCAUUUGUUUCCGUAGUCUGUCCACCAGAGAUGUUCCUUUCCCUAACUCUGCUGACUGUUUUUGUGUAUGUGUGUGUGUGUGUUUAGGUGGGGGCCCCUGCCAUGGAGAAGUUUAACCUGUGGGGGGGCAGUCUGUCUCUUGGUCAUCCGUUCGGAGCCACCGGCUGCCGCCUGGUAACCACGGUAGCACACCGCCUGCAGAAGGAGGGGGGCCAGUAUGGUCUGGUGGCUGCAUGCGCUGCGGGUGGACAGGUAACUCUCCACACUACCAGCUAAUGAAAUAUAAUCAACAGUAAAGUCAUCUUACCUGUGUGUGUGUUUCAGGGCCAUGCGAUGGUGAUCGAAGCAUACCCUCAGUAGAACAGAGGAUUCUGGGAGGACUGAGAUGAUGAUGAUGAUGCAGUCUGUGUUGAACACAGGAGAAGACUACACACACACACACACACACACACACACACACACACACAACCGGAGAGAACCCACCAAUUAGAGACACACAGAGGAAAAACACCCACAUUAUCAGACUGUACAUACUAACACCACUUUGCCUUGUUGGGUUAGGGCAUGUGUUUGUGUGGAGGAGAGUGGGUGUGUAAAUUAUAUCAGAGUUUUGAAGGUUGCCUUGAUGUUAGGGUGCAGCGCUGCAGUACCAUAUUCACACAGACAGUAAUGUAACAUAGUGGGGGUAUUUCAAUAGUCUGUGGCCUCCUCUCAUUUCCUCUCAUGAAAGGAAAUCCUUAGUAGGUAGUUGUCCACCGUGAUGCCAUCAGCUGUGUUCGUAUCAGUGCAGAUGGAGGAGAAGAAGCCAUUUUAGACUAUUGAGAUGCACCUUGAUCCGAUCAUUCAGAUCAAUAUGAUGCUGAUGUUUAUACUCUCUUUUUGUUUUCUUACAAAUUAAUGUCUUAUUAUUACAAUGACUGAUUUAAUAAAAAACUAAAGAACUAGCCUACAUCUUCCUAUAAUAGAUUUCUAAUUUAUUUUCUGUGUUUCUGAAAUUGUAACCUCCAUUACCAUGAAAAAGUCUGACACCUGAAGCAACAUUUUCUUCAGAGAUAAAUAUUUAGUACUGUAAUUAUGUUGACCUGUAGAAUGAGGAAUGGCUAUCAACACAUCUCCUUCGCGUGCGUAAUCAACUCAUUGUUACUCUCCUGUCUGGGAUGGCUACAAGGCCCUCCCCUGCCCUCCCGUCGACAAAUUAGAUCACGCCUCCAUUCUGCUCCUCCCUCCUAUAGGCAGAAACUUCAACAGGAAGCACCCGUGGAAAGGACUGUUCAACGUUGGUCUGACCAAUCAGAAUGUAUGCUUCAAGUAACUGAGGAGUAUAUCUGUCUGUAAUAAAACCCUUUUGUGGGGAAAAACUCAUUCUGAUUGGGUGGACCUGGCUCCCCAGUGGCUGGGCCUAUGCCCUCCCAGGCCCACGCCUGGCUCCUCCCCUGCCCAGUCAUGUGAAAUCCAUAGAUUAGGGCCUAAUGAAUGUAUUUAAAUUUGACUGAUUUCAUUAUGUGAACUGUAACUCAGUAAUAUAUUUGAAAUUGUUGCAUGCUGCAUUUUAUAUUUUGGUUCAUUCGUAAAGUAUUCAGACCCCUUGACUUUUUCCACAUUUUGUUACGUUACAGCCUUAUUCUAAAAUUGAUUAAAACAUUUUUUUCCCCUCAUCAAUCUACACACAAUACCCCAUAAUGAUGAAGCGAAAACCGGGUUUUAGGCAUUUUUGCAAAUGUAUAAGAAAAUAAAAACCAGGAAUACCUUAUUUACAUAAGUAUUCAGACCCUUUGCUAUGAGACUCGAAAUUGAGCUCAGGUGCAUCUUGUUUUCAUUGAUCAUCCUUGAGAUGUAGAAACAUCUUAAUUGAGUCCACCUGUGGUAAAUUCAAUUGAUUGGACAUGAUUUGGAAAGGCACACACCUGUCUAUAUAAGGUCCCACAGUUGACAGUGCAUGUCAGAGCAAAAACCAAGCCAUGAGGUCAAAGGAAUUGUUGUAGAGCUCCGAGACCACAGGAUUGGUAGAGUGGCCAGACGGAAGUCACUCCUCAGUAAAAGGCACAUGACAGCCGCUUGGAGUUUGCCAAAAGGCACCUAAAGGACUCUGACCAUGAGAAACAAGAUUCUCUGGUCUGAUGAAACCAAGAUUGAACUCUUUGGCCUGAAUGCCAAGCGUCACAUCUGGAGGAAACCUGGCACCAUCCCUACGGUGAAGCGUGGUGGCAGCAUCAUGCUGUGGGGAUGUUUUUCAGCGUCAGGGACUGGGAGACUAGUCAGGAUCGAGGGAAAGAUGAACGGAGCAAAGUACAGAGAGAUCCUUGAUGAAAACCAGCUCCAGAGCGCUCAGGACCUCAGACUGGGGCGAAGGUUCUUCCAACAGGACAACGACCCUAAGCACACAGCCAAGACAACGCAGGAGUGGCUUCGGGACAAGUCUCUGAAUGUCCUUGAGUGGCCCAGCCAGAGCCCAGACAUGAACCCGAUCGAACAUCUCUGAAGAGACCUGAAAAUAGCUGUGCAGCGAUGCUCCCCAUCCAACCUGACAGAGCUUGAGAGGAUCUGCGGAGAAGAAUGGGAGAAACUCCCCAAAUACAGGUGUGCCAAGCUUGUAGCGUCAUACCCAAGAAGACUCAAGGCUGUAAUCGCUGCCAAAGGUGCUUCAACAAUGUACUGAGUAAAGGGUCUGAAUACUUAUGUAAAUGUAAUAUUUCAGUUUAUUCUUGUAAUUUUUUUGCAAGAAUGUCUAAAAACCUGUUUUUGCUUUGUCAUUAUGGGGUAUUGUGUGUAGAUUGAUGAGGGGAAAAAAACAAUUUAAUCAAUUUUAGAAUAAGUCUCUAACGUAACAAAAUGUGGAAAAAGUCAAGGGGUCUGAAUACUUUCCGAAGGCACUGUAUCUCAGGUAGGGGGGAGUGGCCUAAGAGGUUUUUUUAAAUAAGCAUCAACCUCUGGGUUUGCAGAGUAUUAUUAUUAUUAUUAUUAUUAUUAUUAUUAUUAUGGCCAGUUUACAGAGGAGUAUAGAGUGCAGUGAUGUGUCCUAUAAGAAGCAUUGGUGGCAAAUCUGAUGGCCGAAUGGUAAAGAACAUCUAGCCCCUCGAGAGCACCCUUACCUGCCGAUCUAUAAAUUACGUCUCCGUAAUCUAGCAUGGGUAGGAUGGUCAUCUGAAUCAGGGUUAGUUUGGCAGCUGGGGUGAAAGAGGAGCGAUUACGAUAGAGGAAACCAAGUCUAGAUUUAACCUCAGCCUGCAGCUUUGAUAUGUGCUGAGAGAAGGACAGUGUACUGUCUAGCCAUACUCCCAGGUACUUGUAUGAGGUGACUACCUGAAUCUCUAAACCCUCAGAGGUAGUAAUCUCACCGGUGGGGGGAGGAGGGCUGAGAGAUGAGGAAGCAUUGGACGGGCAAGGAGGCAUGGCUGAGUCAAAUAGGAAUCCUGACUUAAUGAAGUGGUGAUUAAAGAGCUCAGCCAUGUGCUCCUUGUCAGUAACAACCACAUCAUCAACAUUAAGGGACAUGGGCAGCUGUGAGGAGGAGGGUUUAUUCUCCAGGUCUUUCACCGUUUUCCAGAACUUCUUGGGGUUCGACCCACAGAGAGAGAACUGCUCCUUAAAGUAACUAACUUUGGCCUUCCAGAUAGCCUGAGUGCACUUAUUUAUCAUUUGCCUGAACGGUAGCCAGUCAGCCUGAAUAUUUGUGUGCCGAGCGUUUCGCCAAAUGGUGUUCUUGAGGUGGAGUAACUCUGCCAGAUCAUGGUCGAACCAGGGGCUGAACCUGUUAACAAUACCACUGAAAAUAUAAAAAAAGAAGGUCCAAGCAUCUUCGACAGAGGGGAUCAAGCAGAUUCUAUACCAAUUUAGAGGCCAGGUCAUGAAGAAGGCUUGCUCAUUAAAGUUUUUCAGCAAGCGUCUAUGACAAAUCAGGACAGGUCGUUUAACUGAGCAGCCAUUACGAACACAGGCUGUAAAACAUUGAUCACAAUGGUAAUUACAGAAAACACCAGACUGAUACCUAUCAGGAUUAUUUGGAAGGAUAACGUCAAGGAGAGUAGCCUUUUCUGGGUGUUUGGAGUCACACCUGUUCUAAUGGUAUCAGGUAUUCUGGGCUCCCGAGUGGCGCAGCGGUCUAAGGCACUGUAUCUCAGGGCUUGAGGCGUCACUACAGACCCCCUGGUUCGAUUCCAGGCUGUAUCACAACCGGCCGUGAUUGGGAGUCCCAUAGGGCGGCGUACAAUUGGCACAGCGUCAUUCGGGUUUGGCCGGUGUAGGCCGUCAUUGUAAAUAAGAAUUUGUUCUUAACUGACUUGCCUCCCUAUUGAGAGCAUCCUGUCGGGCUGUAUCACCGCCUGGUACGGCAACUGCACCGCCCACAAACGCAAGGCUCUCCAGAGGGUGGUGCGGUCUGCACAACGCAUCACCGGGGGCAAACUACCUGCCCUCCAGGACACCUACAGCACCCGAUGUCACAGGAAGGCCAAAAAUAUCAUCAAGGACAUCAACCACCCGAGCCACGGCCUGUUCACCCCGCUAUCAUCCAGAAGGCGAGGUCAGUACAGGUGCAUCAAAGCUGUGUCCGAGAGACUGAAAAACAGCUUCUAUCUCAAGGCCAUCAGACUGUUAAAUAGCCAUCACUAGCACAGAGAGGCUGCUGCCUACAUUCAGAUUUGAAAAUCACUGGCCACUUUAAUAAAUGGAACAAUAGUCACUUUAAUAAUGACACUUUAAUAAUGUUUACAUAUCUUGCAUUACCCAUCUCAUAUGUACAGUUGAAGUCAGAAGUUUACAUACACUUACGUUGGAGUCAUUAAAACCUGUUUUUCAACAUGAAAUGCCGCUCAGCAAGGAAGAAGCCACUGCUCCAAAACCACCAUAAAAAAGCCAGACUACGGUUUGCAACUGCACAAAGAUCGUACUUUUUGGAGAAAUGGCCUCUGGUCUGAUGAAACAAAAAUAGAACUGUUUGGCCAUAAUGACCAUCGUUGUGUUUGGAGGGAAAAGGGGGUGCUUGCAAGCCAAAGAACACUAUCCCAACCGUGAAGCACGGGGGUGGCAGCAUCAUGCUGUGGGGGUGCUUUGCUGCAGGAGGGACUGGUGCACUUCACAAAAUAGAUGGCAUCAUGAGGAAGGAAAAUUAUGUGGAUAUAUUGAAGCAACAUCUCAAGACAUCAGUCAGGAAGUUAAAGCUUGGUCGCAAAUGGAUCUUCCAAAUGGACAAUGAACCCAAGCAUGCUUCCAAAGUUGUGGCAAAAUGGCUUAAGGACAACAAAGUCAAGGUAUUGGAGUGGCCAUCACAAAGCCCUGACCUCAAUCCUAUAGAAAAUGUGUAGGCAGAACUGAAAAAGCGUGUGCGAGCAAAAUUCAUCCAACUUAUUGUGGGAAGCUUGUGGAAGGCUACCCGAAACGUUUGACCCAAAUUAAACAAUUUAAAGGCAAUGCUACUGUAGUGUCCGAGACAACAAUGCUGAUUAUGCUGUGAGAACAAGGAAUCCGUGGACGCUGUACUUUGAUCAUAAAGGUUUAUUGUAUCAAAAGAGUUCAGCGUCAAUUUACAGACAUCUGCAGAUAUCUGGAGAAUAACCGGACCCAAUCUCUGAUAUGUUAUUUCUCCCCGUCCUUUGUUCAAAACAUGGUAUUUAUAUCCUAUGUAACAUAAGAUGGGUGGUUUUUGACAGACCAAUCCCUGGCCUCCACAUAUCUCAAAAUGUCCUCUUCCAAGAAGCCUAUGUAGUAAUGCUUUCCAGAUGUUUCAGCAAAGCAGAGUAAAGUUCAUCUAUUACACCAUUUGCAAAUGUCAGCAAAAUCAUAGACCUUCAGACACUACAUAUUUCCCCCCUUCGAGACUAAUUAAGUCUCGAAAACAAAAAGAAUAGGAUUAUGACAAAUAACCAUUUUUGUUCUUAAGUAACUUCCGCAAUAAACCAACAUUUAUGGAGAGUAAACACAUGUUUAUAUAGACACAUUUUUGCAUGGAAUGUAAAUAAAUUGUUAUGGAGUGUAAGAGCGAAAAACCUGUCUGGCAGUUUUCAUUCCAAAUAUCCAUCAAUCAAUCAAGACAGGAAAAUUCUCUCACGGCCCCUCUGCCCCAGGCGACCACCUAAGUACUCCAGAUCAAUUCAUAAAUCUUUAUCAAUGCAAUUUAAGCUAUGAUGCAAUUGAAUACACAUGAAAACCUCAGCAAACAAAAUACAAUCAAAAAUGUCCACAUUCAGGCUGGUCGACCCAUCGGACCCUCCUGUGGAUUCUCUCUGUCCCUGCCUAGACCCAAUAUCCCUAAGCUUCAACGAAAUAAACAAAAACAUCUGAGGUCCCCACAUGUACCCAACAACAGAAAACAUAAUUAUUCAAAAAAUUAAUACAGAAAGAAUAUAACACUGGAAUGUAGUCCACUACACUGCAGCUCCUCCACAGUGUCGACUUUCAAUGCAACGUCGAUGAUGGAAUCUGAACAUUUCCACACCGUCCUUGUUCCACUUCCUCCAGUCCAUUCAUAUUGUCCAUGUUUGAGUAUUUGAAUCCCACUCUACACAUCCCCAUAUACUUCUGGAAGAAAAGAAAACACCAACCAGUAUCUUUUGCAAAACAACACAUGCAAAUUAAAACAUCAAUAUCAACAAUAAUAUAAAAAUUAUAUAUAAAAUGAAUCACAUCCCAUUUCCCCCCUUUGAUUCAUAACAAAACACUAAAUAUCACAAUAUUAUAAUUAUCCCACAAUCAGAUAUUCAACAUUUCCUAGAGUUAUUUCAACCCUAGUUUUCAUAACAUUUUAGUCUGACUUUUUUUCCCAAUUUUUUCAAAAACCAUUUCACUGAUUUAUCCACAAAACUCUUUCCCAUUUUCUGAGGAUAUUAAAUCGGGAAAUCCCCACCUGCUUAUGACUUCUUUACACAAGAACUUGGCAACCGAUUGAGCAUAUUUUAGCUUAGUUGGACAUAUUGUGCACCUCUUGGUGUAGGAAUGUAACCAAGAAUAACAGUCACACCCCUGCAAACAUUAUUUUUCAGACAGAUUGUGCACCUGCCUAUGACAUAGUCAACCUGUUCAAGCAAAUAUGGUGCCCAAAGACCAUACUCCUUUGUGAUCUUUCUCCUAACCUCCCCCCUUGCAACAUGAGCUAAGUUGAACUUUCUUUGGUUGAUGACUCAACCAUUCCUCUGAGUCCGAUUGGGCAGCAUUCUUGAAAUACUUGAGCGUACAAUGAAAUGGAUAUUCCGGAAGCCUCGCAUCUGGCAUGUUUGUCACAAUGAAUUUCUCCCAUACCUUAGCCUGCUUCAAAAUAUCUUCACUGAGAUUUCCAAUCCAGAAUACUGAAGAAGAAUCCAUCUCUGUCGUCAUCAACAAUUGGUAAACCUUUUCCUUUGGCACUUCUACCAGACAGCCGUCUGGUGUACAUUUUAUUGUACAGUUCAAUUUACACAAUGCAUCUCUUCCCAACAAUGCGAUAGGUGUAUGUUCUGAUACCAGUAUGGGUAUUGUAAUUUUCUGAUUUUCAUAGCAGAGCUCAAUUGGUUCCGUAAGAGGAAUCAGCUGUUUCACUCCCUCAAAUCCGAUUGUCCUAAUUAGUUGAUUGGACAUAGUGAGAUGUGUAGCAUCUUCAGGCCGAACACAGGUAAAAGCAGCUCCGCUAUCCGCCAUCACUUCCAAUGGUCGUUUGUUUACUUUCACCUCAAUUGUUGGAUCUUUUUCCGGUCCUGAUGCUACCAGCUGACACCCCCCUUUCGGAUCUUCUGGGCACCUCUAGAAUCCUUGCUCCGGGCCCCUAUAAGGGUUUACCGGUCCUCCAGAUGAUCUUGACUGGCCCCUGUAUCUUCCUCUGAAAUUCCCUCUGGUGUUUCCUCCUGGCCCAUUACACUCACAGGCAAAGUGACCAACCUGUCCACAAUUAUAACACACUUCUGAAGAUUGCUGGAAGUAUGGCUUAAAUCUUCCUCCUCGUCCUCUUCCUCUCCAAUUCUGUGUCUGUUCAGAAACUGGCUGUGGAUAUGAAACAACUGGUACGGCUAUUGGUGGCUGGUACAAUUGCGGUUGGAACUGGUUCGGUUGAAGCUGUGGCAGUGAUUGUUGAUUUGGUGCACACUGAUUCUGCAUAACCAAAGCCUGUUUCUUCUCCUUCUUAUUCUCCACCAGUUUUAUUUGAUUGAGUUUUCUGAGAGUUUCUUGGUCCUGUUCUUUCUGGUUGUGUUCCUUUUUCCUGUACAGAUCCACUUGAUGGGCUAUAUGAUCUGUAUAGACGCCUUUUAUCAUGCUUCCAAGUCCAACCACCUCUGCCAGUUUGCUCCUUACUGGUGAGGGCAGUUUACUCUGCAGUUUAGCUCUCAAAAUUGACUGCUCAAUUUGACUCACAUCUGGAUCAUUUCCAGUAAUAUUUAUCCCUUGAUGAACUCUUGACACAUAGGCUCUCAGAUUUUCUUGUUGUCCUAGUGGGUCAAUCAGAAUGUUGUCAGGAUGCACAUUUGUUGGAAACAUAUCUUUCAGUGCUCUCCACAGCCGAUUUCUACUUGCAGCUAACAAUUCAGGAUCAUUCACCGCAGUCCCCACAUAUCGAUGAAGUCCAGCUCUCUGAAAAAUUUCUUCCAUACCUGGAAUCCCAAGGAGAUUAGCCAAAAGUCUCUUAAUGUCUCCUAUGGCAGACUAUGUUCCCACCAUAAUUUCUUCCAAUUUUGAAAUCCAAGGAUAUGCUCCAUCUUGAAGAGUAGGCAGCUUCAAGUAUAUCUGACAUAUCGGUAUUCUUCAAAGGCUUAUAUUCUAGGUUCUGUCCUCUAAAUAUAAUCUGGCAUCAUCUUCUUACUUGUGCCCUCUUUCCUUGGCCUCAAUGUAUACUUCUUCUCCAAUUCUUGGGAUCCUUUUCUCAGCAGUUUUUCUUCUCUUCUGUAUCUUCAGCUUCUUGAGUUGUUCUUCCAGUUCUCUUACUUCUUCUAAAUGAUUCCCUUUAUCCAGGCAUAAUACGCAUCGGUCUAUAUCUCUUUCUAUUUCUUCUGUGCUAAACAUUGUAGGAUAAAAUCCUCUUUAACAUAAAGCACCUUUAAUCUACAAAUCUUCAUUGCUUUCUCCAUCUUCACUUUCAUCAGAGAUCAAAUCUCUAGUAUCCUUCUUCUUCCUUCAACUUCCAUCACCCCUUCUUUCCGCUCUGGCCAACCUCUGUCUGACCACAGGGUCAUAUCCACCCAUGAUCUCUUCUGAAUCACUCUGAUCAUCAUCAUCAUCAUCUUCAAGUUCCAUCCUCCUGAACCUCACUCCACCCUUAGUUUCCAGACAUCUCGUUUUCUUCUUACUUUUGGAGUUGGGAUUCAUCUUUAUGGUCGUUUCUGCUUGUCCUCUCUCUAUUAUUCGUUCAUCUUCAUCUCUGAUGCAAUAAUCACGCUCCUGAAUGAUCACUGGAAGCUGAGGAUAGACGUCCUUAAACUCUACUUCUUCCUCGUAAGGUGGGGGUCUUUUUGCUGAAUCCAUAUGUGAGAAAGGUGUAUUGACUUCUGCCAUUAGUUUUUCUGUUACCUUCGCCUCUUUUGCCAUUUUCUCUAUACCUCUGUCUCUUUUAUCUUUUGUAUCUUUUAUCAGUUUUUGUCCUUCAUUUUCAAACAGCUUAAGAACACCCAGCUCUCUUUGUCUCUUUUCUUUACGUUGUUCCCCUUUUUUCCCCUUCUUUUGAUCUGCCUUAUACGUGGAUACAAGCACUUGCAUUAUCUUGAUGACGUCUGGGUUAAGAGUCCCUUCCACUGGCCAUGGUUGUUCAAUGUCAGGCCAACGUUUAUUCCAUUUUCCAGAUAACCUUGCAAUACCAUUAACUAGAGGAUUACUGUUUUGUACUACAUCAACAGGAGUAAUUACUUUUGUAGUUUUGAUGUCCUUUUUCCCCAUUGUAACGACUCUUUAAUAUGUUUCCCUCCUUUUUUUAUUUUUAUUUAUUUAUAAUCAAUCAAUCAAUCAAUCAAUUAAUUAAUUAAUCAAUAUAUCCAUUUAUUUUAUUUUACCAAAUUAUUGAUUAGUGGCAAUCUUAGCACAUCCGAUCAGGAAAAGUAAAGGAAAGUAGUCAACUUCAGAGCAAUCCAAAAAAGAAAGACCUGUAAUCCAGCAACACUACAGCACUCACAAACCAAUUGCUUAAUAAGCACCCAAUUACCUUAAUUUUACAGAAUAAUGUCAGUGGAUUUCCAACACAACUCUAAUCAAAACAACUCAUUCACAAAAACCCUAAUGUGCAAUUCUCAAUUACAUCAAUUCAUCAGUCUGUUGCCAAGUUCCUGUGAAAUGGUCACAACAUGAAAUAUUCUAUGCAUACACAAUGUAUCUAUUAUAUCCUGUAAGGGAAAGUAGGUUUGUGGAUAGAACAGUACUGGCCUUAAUUGGAUUGGAUCCGUCGCAGCACACACUGUCGCGUGACGCACUUGUCAGCACCUCCUCUGUCUCCUCCUUCUCGUCUCUCACGUGACAGAAGAACAAAAGAAACAGACAACAAUUUAGUAUUUCAUGCAUACCUAUGUUCACAUUCGCGCUAAGAAAUAAGCAAACAGCUUAACUCAGGAAUAUUAUAAAUAGCGCAAUAACAUUUUAUUUUAUUUAUUUAUUUUAUUAUUUUUAUUUUUUAAUCCAACAUAUCUCUCAUUUAUCAAUUCAAUAGAUCUCAAUCAAAUAGUUUCAUCGUUAAGCAACAGCCGAUUUAACAAACAGAACACUCUAUUAGUGUUUAAGUCUCCCCCUCCCUCUCUGUCUGCUCUGAGUCUGCGUCUCCCAGCAGCUCAGUGCAGGCAGGGGAGUGGCAUAUUUGCUCUACGUAACUCUAAGCUCAUAAAAUCACACGCAUGCGUAGUUCAUUCACCAAUGCGAUUUCAGAGUGAAAGGAGCUCUCCAAAGCAGCUCUCUCCAAGCUAAACAACAAAAAGCAGACAGAGCAGCUGUCCCUCCAUUUCCAACACAGACAAACAGUAACACUUAACAAAACUCACAAACCAACACAGAACAUAGAACACAAAUCCUACUUCGAAGUUUCUUAUCUUCACUUAUUCUAAUCUGCAGAUUUAUAGUUAUUUUCUUAUCAAUUACAAAACAUCUCUAUACACUCUUAAAAACUCCUCCCUGUAGGCUCAUGAUUUUCUAAUAGUUGGUAAACGUUCUCUUUUUAUAGAGCCUUCUAAGAUUUUUAACCUUAAUGUCCUUACAGGUGGCUCAUAUAUAACAAUUAUUAACGUUCUCACCAACGGAGACUCAUAAGAUUUUAACUUUAACUUACAUAUUUCCUUACAAAAAACUAAAACCCCUGUUCUCAACCAAAACAUAUAUAUGUAUAUAUCUCUAACAUAAAUCUUAUCAUAGCAUGAGUCGACACACAGCAGAGACCUCCCCUUUUACACACACGCAUAGGCUCUCUUUCACACACACACACACAUAUUCAAACAAGAAUGCAUCCGUUCAGACAAUACACUAAGCAUGCUACCAUCGCUCCUUAUUUCUCAUUGUUCCUUCCUACAUUUCUGCUACCUCGAGUUGCAGAUAUUCAAUGAGAGGUUACUUCGAACAUAUACUUCGUCAACUAUAUUCCGAGAGGUAACGUGCAAUUGAAUGUAUCUUCCACAAACUCACAGUUCCCAGAACUGACCCGAAAGUCAACCUAGUGACUCUCCUAGGAUUUAUGGCCCAUCUUAAUGAUCGCCUCGUUUGAGGGCUUCCUUAAAUCAGCGACGUCCUAAAAGUAUACUUUUUCCUUAUUUCCUGGCCUUAUUCCUUCAUGCUAUUCCUGGACACUCCUUUUAAUUUUAUUCAAGCCAAAUAUCCGUGUGCCCAGUGUUAACAAUUCCUAUAGACACUCCCCCGUUUGCGUUGUUCCCAACGCAAACAAAUUUAGAAAUUUAGAACGGAUUCUCAUCACACAGCAAAUAACAGUCCUUUGACGGUACAUCUCCUCAACGCACACACACACACAAGCACACGAACCGACCAGCGGCCAAAGCUGUGAGAAAUCUCACCUUAUCUGCCGGCGUCUUGAGCGGGAGUCACUUCGUAGCUCAUGAAUGGAACGCUGAGAAAAGACGCAACACGUCCCAAAUCCUCGUCACCAUUCUGUAGUGUCAGAGACAACAAUGCUGAUUAUGCUGUGAGAACAAGGAAUCCGUGGACACUGUACUUUGAUCAUAAAGGUUUAUUGUAUCAAAAGAGUUCAGCGUCAAUUUACAGACAUCUGCAGAUAUCUGGAGAAUAACCGGACCCAAUCUCUGAAAUGUUAUUUCUCCCCGUCCUUUGUUCAAAACAUGGUAUUUAUAUCCUAUGUAACAUAAGAUGGGUGGUUUUUGACAGACCAAUCCCUGGCCUCCACAUAUCUCCAAAUGUCCUCUAUUCCAAGAAGCCUAUGUAGUAAUGCUUUCCAGAUGUUUCAGCAAAGCAGAGUAAAGUUCAUCUAUUACACCAUUUGCAAAUGUCAGCAAAAUCAUAGACCUUCAGACACUACACUACCAAAUACUAAUUGAGUGUAUGUAAACUUCUGACCCACUGGGAAUGUGAUGAAAGAAAUAAAAGCUGAAAUAAAUAAUUCUCUCUACUAUUAUUCUGACAUUUCACAUUCUUAAAAUAAAGUGGUGAUCCUAACUGACUUAAGACAGGGAAUUUUUACUAGGAUUAAAUGUCAGGAAUUGUGAAAAAACGAGUUUAAAUGUUUUUGGCUAAAGGUGUAUGUAAACUUCCGAUUUUUUUUGUUCAAUAAAUAGAUCUUAGUUUUAUGCCAAAGUAUUUAUGUUAAAGGUGCACUAUGGAGAAAUCGCUCCGCAAUUUCCUGGUUACUAAAAUCCUAAUAGUUAGCCUAAUUUCAGUUUGUGACAAAACAAGCAAUUAUAGUGUAGAAAUCAUUGUACCAUCUAAACUGCUGUGAAAUAUAUUUUUGGUAACUCAAAUUUUUUUUAUUUUUAGUUGUUUUGAAUCUGGUGUACAAAACCGAAAGCAAAAGAUGCAAAAACUAAACUGAAGAACGGGAAGCAUAGAAAUAGCUCACAUAGAACAGAUCUACAGCUUCUUAGACUUGCUUUCAAUGAGAAUGACAGAUCUAUAACUCACAUUUUAAUGUGAAUUUGGUCGGGUCACCCCAAAAAGUUACAUAUUGCAGCUGUAACUUUUAAUGCAUUUAAAUAUUGUAUUCGUCCAUGCGCUGCAGUGUGAAAUCUAACGUUGUUUAAACUUUCUGUGUCACGACUUCCUCCGAAGCUGCCUCCUCUCCCUGUUCGGGCGGGCUUCGGCGUUCGUCGUCACCGGCCUUCUAGCCACUGCCGCUCCUCAUCUCAUCAUUCCAUUUGUUUUGUCUUGUUUAUUACACACACCUGGUUCAUAUCCCCUCAUCAGUACCUGUAUAAGUGUUCCCUCUGCCCCCUUGUCCUGGUUCAUAUCCCCUCAUCAGUACCUGUAUAAGUGUUCCCUCUGCCCCCUUGUCCUGGUUCAUAUCCCCUCAUCAGUACCUGUAUACGUGUUCCCUCUGCCCCCUUGUCUUUGUGUGUGAUUGUUUAUUGUGAGGAUAGUGAAGCUCGGUGGAGCUCCUUGUAUUUUGUAUUUGCCGGGUUAUUUUCCCUGUGUGCCUUUUUGGUUCCAGUGCGCCUGUUUUUCCCACUGGACUGUUCUCAAUGCUAAUGUGUUCUUAGUUUUGAUUCUAACAUCAUUCUCACCUGUAUCAGACAUGAGUCAUACUCACAAUCUAUUCUGAAAGACUCCCAGCAGUCCUUAUUUGUUGAAUUCAUGAUGCUUCCCUCCGAGCACAGAUAAAGGCUCCCCAAGGUUAAAACGAACAGGUCUAAACUGUAUUUCAUUCCAGAUGCUAUCUCCUUUGUCUAUAAGCUGUAGUAGUAAUGAGUGCUGUGUAACUAUUGCUCUAUAUACUGUUUUUCAUUCUUAUAUAUAUGAUGGGUUCAUUAUGUUUUUACUACGUGCUGCAAACUCCUCUCUACUUCACAAUUUUUUGUAAUGUUGAUAUAUUUAAAUGACCGUUAGAGAGUAUGGCAGGUAAACUAGCGAUUAGAGCGUUGGACCACGUAACCAAAAGUUUGCUAGUUCGAAUACCCAACCCAACAAGGUGAAAAAUGUGUCGGUACCUUUGAGCAAGGCACUUAACCCUAAUUAGCUCCAGGGGUGCCGUAACACUAUGGAUGACCCUAUAAACCCUAAUUAGCUCCAGGGUGCCGUAUCACUAUGGAUGACCCUAUAAACCCUAAUUAGCUCCAGGGUGCCGUAACACUAUGGAUGACCCUAUAAACCCUAAUUAGCUCCAGGGUGCCGUAUCACUAUGGAUGACCCUAUAAACCCUAAUUAGCUCCAGGGUGCCGUAACACUAUGGAUGACCCUAUAAACCCUAAUUAGCUCCAGGGUGCCGUAACACUGUGGAUGACCCUAUAAACCCUAAUUAGCUCCAGGGUGCCGUAACACUAUGGAUGACCCUAUAAACCCUAAUUAGCUCCAGGGUGCCGUAACACUAUGGAUGACCCUAUAAACCCUAAUUAGCUCCAGGGUGCCGUAACACUAUGGAUGACCCUAUAAACCCUAAUUAGCUCCAGGGUGCCGUAUCACUAUGGAUGACCCUAUAAACCCUAAUUAGCUCCAGGGGUGCCGUAACACUAUGGAUGACCCUAUAAACCCUAAUUAGCUCCAGGGUGCCGUAACACUAUGGAUGACCCUAUAAACCCUAAUUAGCUCCAGGGUGCCGUAACACUAUGGAUGACCCUAUAAACCCUAAUUAGCUCCAGGGUGCCGUAACACUAUGGAUGACCCUAUAAACCCUAAUUAGCUCCAGGGUGCCGUAACACUGUGGAUGACCCUAUAAACCCUAAUUAGCUCCAGGGUGCCGUAACACUAUGGAUGACCCUAUAAACCCUAAUUAGCUCCAGGGUGCCGUAACACUAUGGAUGACCCUAUAAACCCUAAUUAGCUCCAGGGUGCCGUAACACUAUGGAUGACCCUAUAAACCCUAAUUAGCUCCAGGGUGCCGUAUCACUAUGGAUGACCCUAUAAACCCUAAUUAGCUCCAGGGUGCCGUAACACUGUGGAUGACCCUAUAAACCCUAAUUAGCUCCAGGGUGCCGUAACACUAUGGAUGACCCUAUAAACCCUAAUUAGCUCCAGGGUGCCGUAAUACUAUGGAUGACCCUAUAAACCCUAAUUAGCUCCAGGGUGCCGUAAUACUAUGGAUGACCCUAUAAACCCUAAUUAGCUCCAGGGUGCCGUAAUACUAUGGAUGACCCUAUAAAACACAUUUCACAAUAGAACAAAACAUCUAUAUAUAUUGUUUGCAAAACAGAAAAUGACAAAGAGAAAAUUGAUAAAAUUGUUUUUUUCCCCUCAUCAAUCUACACACAAUACCCCAUAAUGACAAAGCAAAAACAGGUUUUUAGAAAUGUUUGCAAAUGUGUAUAUAUAUAUUUAAAAAAAGUAUAUCAUCUGCCAGUCACCUGCUGGUCACUACCGUUCACUAGCCGCAAAGAUGCUGGUGGUCCUCUGUAGCUCAGCUGGUAGAGCACGGCGCUUGUAACGCCAAGGUAGUGGGUUCGAUCCCCGGGACCACCCAUACACAAAAAAAAAUGUAUGCACGCAUGACUGUAAGUCGCUUUGGAUAAAAGCGUCUGCUAAAUGGCAUAUUAUUAUUAUUAUUUAUGCUGCAUCUGCAAAGGAAUAUAUAUUUUUGUUCACUAUGUCGGUCACCUGCCAGAUCUGCCACACCGGCAGGUCACCUACCGGUCACUAGCCGCACCUGCCAAAUAAUAUCUAUCUAUGUUCAAUACGCCGGUCACCUACCGGUCACUAGCCAUACCUGCCGGUCACCUUCCACACUUGCAAUUCACCUAAUUGCACCUGCUGCAUUACAUUUUCGUCAUUUAGCAGACACUCUUGUCCAGAGCAACUUACAGUUAGUGAGUGCAUACAUUUUUCAUACUGGCCCCCCGUGGGAAACGAACCCACAACCCUGGCGUUGCAAGCACCAUGCUCUACCAACUGAGCUACAGGAGACCUUGUACAGGAGACCAUCUGCCGCACCUGCCGGUCACCUGCUAGGUAAACUAAGAAGAAGAAAAAAAUAAAAAAAAGAAAGUAGAGAAAGACGAGCGAGAGAGAAGAGAGAGAGAAGAGAGAGAGAGAAGAGAGAGCUCUCUCUCUCUCUCUCUCUCUGUCUCUAUCCUCUUCUCUCUAUCUCUCUCUCUCUCGGUCUCUCUCAUCUCUCUCUCGUCUCUGUCUCUCUCUCUCUCUCUCUCUCUUCUCAUCUCUCUUCUCUCUCUCUCUCUACUCUCUCUCUCUCUCUCUCUCUCUCUCUCUCUGCUGCUUCUCCAUAAUUUUUGAAUGAAUUACUAGAUUCAUUCUCUGAUCCUUUGAUUGGUUGGACAACAUGGCAGUUCAUGCUGCAAGAGCUCUGAUAGGUUGGAGGACUUCCUCAGGAUGUCGUCAUAAUUACUGUGUAAGUCUAUGGAAGGGGGUGAGAACCAUGAGCCUCCUAGGUUUUGUGUUGAAGUCAAUGUACCCAGAGGAGGAUGGAAAAUAGCUGUCCUCCGGCUACACCAUGGUGCUACCCUACAGAGUGCUGUUGAGGCUACUGUAGACCUUCAUUGCAAAACAGUGUUUUUUUCAGCUAUUUGGUGACGUGAAUAUAUUUAGUAUAGUUUUAUCUAAAAAGGAUAAUCUUUUAAUGUUUCACUAUAAAAGAAAAAGAAAUUCACUGAGGAUGGUCCUCCCCUUUCUGCUCUGAGGAGCCUCCACUUUUGUGUGUGUGUUGAUUGGUUUGUCAUACAGCCUAGUUGUCACAGGGAGCAGGCAGGCAGGGAAAUAAAACCAAUGUUUUACUGUCAAGGCAAAACGGAGCUCAAUGAAGCUUCAAACCAUUUCCACUCUGCGAGACGCUGAGAGACGCUGCGAGAUGCGGAGACAGGGAGACACACCGUUGGAGCCUUCCCACCUCUCCGCCGAGCUGCACAGCUUUGAUCAGAACCCAGCCUUUUAUAGGGGG